AUGAGCACAGUCGGGAAAGUAAGGAAAAUAGCCUAUUCACUUUUAAUGAAUGUUUUAAAGCUGCAACACUAAUUCCAGGCAUAAUUGUGAUCUAGAAACUAGCUCUAUUAGUCUAGUAUGAAUGUUAAAGAGUGAAAUGUUUGAAUAUGCCAAGUUUAUGGGUAGAGAGUCAAGGACACCAAGUCGAGAACAAAUAGUGGAAAUCAGUUAUCAUGUUGUUCUUUAUCUCCAGUGUUUGCUACAGGAGACAUCAAAAUCACAUACAUCUCAAAACUUGUUUGUAUCCAGCCAGUAGAGGGGAUUUAUUAUUUAGAUUAAUCACAGUAAUAUAUAUAGCAUCUACAGUAUGCUUCUAAACUUGCUGAAAUAGGAUUGAAACUGAAUAAUAAUAUUUCUCAGUUUCCUGACAUGGCUACAUGUACUAAGUGCGUAUUUGGCAAGAGUCUUGGAAUCACACAAGAAUAUGAGUAUUCAGAAACCAGUCCAGACAUUGCAGGGUUGAUUCACUUAACAGAGUAUGAAAAAACAAAGAUUUUAAUAGGGAGAUAUAUUUGCUGCUAUUUAUUUAAAUACAUCCCUGUACAGUGAUUUUAAUGACGAAAUGUAGUUCUUAUAGGAAAUAUUUAAUGGAAAUGUAAGUAUUUAAUGCUUCAGCUGUAUUCUUAUUAAGUAACUUCAUGAUAUGUAUUUUUCAGUUUCUUACAUAAUUUCUAUUUUCCUUUUUUACUCAAUUAUUUUGUAAUUUGUUGUGGUUUAUCUGUUGAUGCUAUUCAAAAUAUUUUUGUGGCAUGUUUAUCAUGAAGAACUCGUAUUCCUUUUUAACAGUCCCGUUAAUGCUGAAAAACACAUGUGGCAGCUUCCCGAAUCUUUGUAUCUUGCCAGCAAUAAUUCUAUCUACAGUGAAAGUUACUUUAGUUUAUUCAAAGCACAGUCAACUUUAAAUUGACUUAUCACCCCUUUGACCUUUCCUCUCUCUCCCCCCUUGUAGAAACAAAUAUAGUCUUGAGUGGGUUUUUUUUAUCUCCCUCAAAAGCUCAAAUUCCACCAGUAUAGAUAAGAGACCAUCCUUUUUUUCCAAUCUUUGGAAGAGGACAGUAAUCUGUCAAACCUGCUUUAUCCCAUAAAAAACGUAAUUAUAUUUUAUGAUAAACUGGAUCUUAUUUUUAACAAAAAUUCUCAACAUUAUAACAUUGUUAUAAUUAUGUUAAGUUAUAAUCAUAGUGAAUCUAUGCUUACAUCAAUCAUUAGUGUCUCUCAUAGUAAUAUCCACGCUCUAAUAAAGUGAUCCCACCCAACACCACAUCCUACACCCAACCUAACAUACCAUCAUGGCUCCCUCAGUCCACUUCAUUCCUAUUUUACCUGCUGACGCACCUCUAGAUACCUGUACUCCUCCAAAGUGGUAGUCACUCAUUAAAAAAACAUCCAAUGAUACAUAUAUUCUAGCUAACAUCUGGCUGAUUUAUGUUUUCCUUAUUUAAAAAUAAAUCUUCUCAGUUACAAGGGCUAGUAGUGGCUGAUCCACAGGGGCACCUAUAUAAAUGCUGGUGGUAUUUUACCAGUGGUAAAAUAGUGAAUUACUGACAAAGUUUCCCUUUGGAAAUGGUAUACUUGCAAAUUUCCAUUAUAAAUGGUAAGCAUACACCAUACAGUACUGCAGUGCUAUAAUUUCUCUCCCCUGGUUCUAGUAGAGAACAGACUGAUUCACUGGUAAUUAAUAAUGGCUAUUUGAAAAUGCUGUUUUGUGUAGAAUGCUGGUUUGUGUAGAAUUUAGGUCAUUUGUGACAUCUAUCCAAUCAGAGAGAUCUGUAGGCAUGCUCAGUAUGCCCAUAGAGGUGAUUUUUAAAAUGCCUGUUUAAUCUCUAGCAGGGCCAGUGUGUGUAAUAUAUUCACUUCAUGCAAUGUGUUAAACAAUGUUUGGUUUUAUUUGAUUUAGCAAAAAUCAUAAAAAAUAAAAAGUUUCAUGCACAUAACAAGAUUUGAAUCCAGGUAUGGUCACAAAAGACAAAGCCCUAGGCUACCUGAGAACAUCUAAAGUCACCAAGCUCAGUUCCACGAUCAGCACUGUCUACUAUAAAUGUGUCUAACAAUAGGAACACCCUGUACCUUCUAAUGGCUCUGGAGUCAGUUUCUGUGUUUGGAGUUCGGAACCCCACCAUCUUAAAAUUCAUCAGCUGCUACUGCUCAGUACUCAUCUUCUUUGACAUCUCUGUUUGUUUUGAUUAUGUUGAUAUUUGGCUAACCUCACUAUCACCGUCAUCAUCUACCCUCACCUGUCUCUCAUCCUGUCUUUCUUACAUUUCCUAGCUCUGUAAAUCUUCCGCCAAUAUGUAUACCUCAAAGCUACGUUAUUGGCACUCUUCUUUUCUCCCUCUAUGCCACCCUCUGUCUUAUUUAAUCUCUUCUCUCAGAUUCAGUAUCAAUUUAAUUAUGGUUUGCAUACACAAUUUAUUUACCUAUUCCUUCAUAUCUGGCCUCUCCCCCUUUCUUUUGACUAACUCUUUCUGAAUGUUUUCCAUAAAAACACCACCCACAACUGAAUUAUUAUUCUUAUCUUUGCAUCUCCAUCACAUUCCCUUAAUCCAACCCUACAUCUUCUGUCUUCCACAGCUCUAAAGUUAACUGUCAGCUUCGAUCUCUCCUCCCCUUUUUCAUAUAAAUUGCAAAAAAACAGAGAAUAUGAGAACUAUGAGAACAGACAAAAGCGUAGAAAAACAAAGUAGUUUGCCCCUCGUCAGAUCCCUGAUCAGUUCUCUAUACCAUGUGCAUAUCAGACUGAUCCCAUCCAUAACGGAUGACAAGGCCACCAUAUUGAAAUCAGAUAGUUAUACAUUUGUCCACCAGCCACUAGGAAAUAAAUUGCACAGAAUGUGUCAAAUAUGCUUUACUUGUUAUUUGUGUAAUACAAGGGAGCUUGGGUUAUUGGCACUGGAAGUACUCUAUUACCUUUACUUAAAAAUACCUAAUUAUCUACUAAUUUUCCACCAUUCUACCAUCAGCCAGCACUCUGUAUGGAUAAAGUAGCUAACCUCUGUAACAUGUAACCGGUUCGGAAUGUUAAAUUUUGAUGUCACUGAGUGAGACAAUCUGUAGUAUAAUAAAAUAAUGCCGAUAUACAGCAGAACAUAUGUUUAGUAGUAUAUUUUCUAUGACAGCUUCUUUUAGACACUUUAAUUUCAAGGUAUUAAACAUCCUCAAAGUCAACAUGUGUAUUCUCUAAUACUACAGUCACUAGGUUAAUAUACUCACUAUUAGCAAGAACAAAAUGGUUCAAUGCAUCAAAAUAGUGUGCUGCGGGGUACAGGUUAUUAUUAUUCUACUGGAUAAUUUUAUUCAGGAAUCUUUCAGUUUAAUAUGUGGCAAUAUGUCAAACAAAUACAAUAUAUAGUACAUAUGUGCAUAAAACUGGUAAACCUUUUUAUAUACUUGUUUGAAGGUGAAUGUUAGGUUGAAGUUAUAACUGACAUACUACCAUGGGUCAUGAAAAAUAAGCUGCGGUCUGUUAAUAUUUUAUGAAUAACCUUCAUUUACAUUGUGGCUCAGCCGUUAAAUGUAUGUUUUCCAAUGUUAUGUAACAUCAUCAGUGUUUAACUAAGCACAUAAAAUGUGAAAGGUUUUGGUCAUAGAUGUAUGCACAUAAAGACUUCACUGAUAUUGAAUUUAUACAUAGAGCUGUUUCAAUGGACACCUUGAUUUUAGACAAUGUUUUAAUUUUUAAUAUAUACUAUUCUAAGCUACAACAAUGGUAUCUUCUUUUUUUAUUUUCAUGUUUUGUUAAAUUAAUGCUGUUCAUUAUUAAUGUAUUACUUUGCUUUUAAAUACAUGUAGAACAAAACCUUAUAUAUACAGCAAGAUAUGAAACCCAACACAACGUUAAAGAGUUUAAUACCACGUCAUGCACAAUCAAAUAAAAAAGUAAAUAUAGCCAACUUUAAAGGAAAACUCCAAGCACUAUAACCACUACAGCUCAAUACAAACCAUUUAUUAUUGGUUUGACUUCUUACGUGGGAUCUACCGGGCGUCACUCUCUGCCUCCACUACUAAUGCCAGACAGCAGUAAUUUCCAAUAGCUCUACUAAACUAAGCCCUCUAAUUAUACAAUUUAAUGCCAACUGAGUUCAGUUAGGUAAAGGAUAGGGCAACUUAAAUUUUGCAAGGAGUAUAGAGUUUAAUGGGCCAAGUAGUGUAUUUUUUAAGCACUGAAUUCUCAAUGGAUGUGUGCAAGAACAGUUAGCAAAUAAGACAUCUUGUUUUCAAUAUUUGGCAGUGCUUUCACAGAAAAAUGCAAUGGGACAUAGCAACUGUGUGGGAGCUAACAAGACUACUGAUGCAGUCCAGAAGUAAAAAUAGUUAUGACUUUAAUUAUUAACCAUGCUAGUCCCAAGCAGGCACAGUUUGGCCCAGCCUGGCCAUUGGCGAUUGCCAUGGGCUAAGGCUGACAGGGGAGAUCAAAGUAUCUCCCCUUCCAGCCUUUGCAGGGAAACAAUUGCCCUAAGAGUGAGCUCUGUCCCUUCAAUGGCUGGAGAGGAGACUAGAAGACCCUAGUAGUUAUGAUGUCGGGAAUGCCUGGCAUCCCUCCAAUCUAAGCAGUCUAACUGUUGAUAAUGGUAAUAGUUUGACUUCAUACUUUUGGCUUAAUGGGCUCCAUUCCCCAUCUCUUUUAAGCCUGAGGUUAGAACUAGAAGCUCCUGCCAGGAGCAUUUUUUUUUAUUUUUUUUUAUUUCUCAUGAGCUAAGCCCUGAAGUACAUGACCAUCUCAUUGGAUGAGAACAUCAACUGAUUGCUCUAAGAAAAUGAACUAAGCCCUGCACAUCUGGGCUUAACUCAGAAAAUAUAGCUUCCAGCUGCAAGUGGUGGAGAAACCUAGGGAACCAGUACCAAAAGGUUUGACUACAGUACUUAUGUGGGGGGUGAGGUCACCAGGGUACUCCUGACAAUAUAACCACAUAAACACUGUAGUGGUUACGGUGUUUGAAGUGUUCCUUUUGUAAUUCUGCAUAUAUUUACAUUAAAAUUCUGUUAUAGUUUAUGAAUUGAGUUAUAUAUCAUGUCAUGCCAGCGCUACAUGUGUUAGUUAACAAGGACAUAUGAUGUGUAAAAGUACAUGUAGUUAAACGUUAUGCAGUUAAAAGUAGACCAAACACUCUUGGAAAGCAAUCUACAUAUUUUGUGCAGGAGAUCUACAGUAUUGUUAUAAAUACAUUGUGUUAGAAUGCAUACAUGAAAGGUCACAAAUAUGCAAACUGGUAUUGAGUAGCUAAUUCUACCGUUGCAAUUUAAUCUUGUAGUUUUCAUUUCACAGACAUGCAUUUAUCUUUCACAUUGAUCAGAUUCCUGCAUGGAUGUUAUAUGGUGCUUUAAUAGCAAGCACUUCAAGCUAAGACAAAUGUGCUUUAAUCAAUGCACAGUUUCAUCAACAUUGGAAGAACUAAUUUUAGAGUACUGAAGGGAGAUUUAUCAAGGAAAACACAGGUGCUAUGCAGGGGCAAAGUACCAAAUAAGAAGCAACCACUAUGAGAACCUAAAGACUAUCUUUCAAAGUAGCACUGUUUUGCCUUGAUAAAUUUCCCUCUGGUGUCAAAUCAAUCUUUUAUUUAAGAAGCAUGCAUUUUUAUUUAUUUAAAAAAAAAAAAAACAUGGCACAAAAACACUGCAUUUAAAAAAUAUAUAUAUAUAAAUCCCCAUUAUCACAUUUAAGGUAUACCACUGCCGGGCGCAAAAUCAAGGCUCCAAUAGACAAACAAUCCAAUGAGGGAGGCUGCUCUCCGGACUUAAAACUUCAAUUUAUUAUAAUGGAUUAAAAAUGACGAUCAACGUUUCGGUCCCCACUCGGGACCUUCUUCAGGGUCAAAACAAGUACAAUUGUCCUGUUGUACAUUACCCUGAAGAAGGUCCCGAGCGGGGACCGAAACGUUGGUCGUCAUUUUUAAUCCAUUAUAAUAAAUUGAAGUUUUAAGUCCAGAGAGCAUUGUGUUUGUGUGUGUGUGUGUGUGUGUAUAUAUAUAUAUAUAUAUAUAUAUAUAUAUAUAUAUAUAUAUAUAUAUAUAUAGUGUGUGUAUGUAUUUCAUGAGCUGAACUCAAAGAUCUAAGACUUUUUUUCUAUGUACAAAAAAGGCCUAUUUCUCUCAAAUAUUGUUCACAAAUCUGUCUAAAUGUGUGUUAGUGAGCACUUCUACUUUGCCGAGAUAAUCCAUCUACCUCACAUGUGUGGCAUAUCAAGACACUGAUUAGACAGCAUGAUUAUUGCACAGGUGUGCCUUAGACUGGCCACAAUAAAAGGCCACUCUAAAAUUUGCAGUUUUACUGUCUUGGGCGGGGGUGGGGGAGGGUCCGCUGGGGUGCGAAAACCAGUCAGUUUGUGGUAUGACCACCAUUUGCCUUGCGCAGUGCAACACAUCUCCUUCGCAUAGAGUUGAUCAGGUUGUCGAUUGUGACCUGUGGAAUGCUGGUCCACUCCUCUUCAAUGGCUGUGCAAAAUUGCUGGAUAUUGGCAGGACCUGGAACACGCUGUCGUAUACGCCAAUCCAGAGCAUCCCAAACAUGCUCAAUGGGUGACAUGUCCGAUGAGUAUGCUGGCCAUGCAAGUACUGGGAUGUUUUCAGAUUCCAGGAAUUGUGUACAGAUCCUUGCAACAUGGGGCCGUGCAUUAUCAUGCUGCAUCAUGAGGUGAUGGUCGUGGAUGAAUGGCACAACAAUGGGCCUCAGGAUCUCAUCACGGUAUCUCUGUGUCACGUAUUUAAUGCACACAUAAAAAUGUGGUUAAAAAGAAGGAUAGUGCGUAGGCGCUUCACUGUAAUUUUGACAAUUCUGUAUAUAGUAUAAAGUAUACAAUAGAUGGUGUAACCGGUACCCUAGUGCUUCCCUUAUACACCAGAUUUACACAAUACAAUAAAAAGAGACAAAUACCAGUAUAUACACCUCCCCAAUGUGAUCACAACAAAAAUAAGUGAUAUUACCAAUAUAGAACUGGACUGUAAUGUAAACAGCGUAGAACUUGAUUGGGGUAUAAACUAAAAUAGAAAAAACAUAAAAAACAUAGUGCAAACUGUAUGAUAAUAAAUAAGUAAUAAAUAGGUAUGUGACUCUCACUCACAUUCUCCAGAGCCGUACCAGGCUCUGUAUAGCAGGCUCAGGGGUGCCAAUAACUGGCUAACGAUCCAGGUGGUCCAAAUAGAUGAGACUCCAAAGGUUAAAUAUAAAAUAUAUUUAUUUAUAAAAAUAUAUAAAAAAGUGUAUACACUGCUGGGCACUAUGGGGGUGGAACCCAAAACAGACAAGAAUAUAUAUAAAACAAUAAUGGAAUUCCACUUACCCCUAUCUGUAUAGUAGCCCAGAGUGACAGAAAUACACAUAAAAUAACAAAUACAAAUGCAGAAGAUUGAAGCACGCUUUUUUAUAUAUUUUUAUAAAUAAAUAUAUUUUAUAUUUAACCUUUGGAGUCUCAUCUAUUUGGACCACCUGGAUCGUUAGCCAGUUAUUGGCACCCCUGAGCCUGCUAUACAGAGCCUGGUACGGCUCUGGAGAAUGUGAGUGAGAGUCACAUACCUAUUUAUUACUUAUUUAUUAUCAUACAGUUUGCACUAUGUUUUUUAUAUUUUUUCUAUUUUAGUUUAUACCCCAAUCAAGUUCUACGCUGUUUACAUUACAGUCCAGUUCUAUAUUGGUAAUAUCACUUAUUUUUGUUGUGAUCACAUUGGGGAGGUGUAUAUACUGGUAUUUGUCUCUUUUUAUUGUAUUGUAUAAAAAUGUGGUUAUUGGCAUUUACCGUCCUGACAGGAAAAGUUGUGCUGAGCAGCAUUACUGUCCUGACAGGAAAAAUUGUGCUGAGCAGCAAUCAUGCACAUGGAAACCUGGUAAUUGAUUUUGGGGACAAAGGCCGGUUACAGCCAAUCGGAUCCACAGGAGGGGUAUUUAAACCCAAUUCUCCUUUUGCUCAUUACACUGUUGUGGUUUCAUGCUGAUGGUAAUCCGAGAGUGCGUUCCUGAUCUUGAUUUUCUGGUAUUUGACUUUGGCUUCGUUUUGACUUCCCUGAAUUCUGGGAUCCUUGAUUUUUGGCUUUCCCUCAUCUUUGUGUCUGAUUCUGUGUACCUGACCUCAGCUAGUAUUUUGACUAUUCUUGGAUACGUUAAGUCCAGCCAUUCUAAGGUCUGGUUACACGUUAUACUUAGUCCUAGGUGUUCUGCAUGCUGGAUCAACUUGUAAUCCUGACACUCUGUGCAUUCAAAAUGCCAUCAAUAAAAUGCACCCAUGUUCCUUGUCCAUAACAUAUGCCUGCCCAUACCAUAACCAAACCGCCACCAUGGGCCCCUCAAUCCACAACGUUGACAUCAGCAAACCACUCACCCACAAGACGCCAAACAUGCAGUCUGACAUCUGUCCUGUACAGUGAAAACCGGGAUUCAUCCGUGAAGAGAACACCUCUCCAAAGUGCCAGAUGCCAUCGGAUGUGAGCAUUUGCCCACUCAAGUUGGUUACGAUGACGAACUGCAGUCAGGUCAAGACCCUGAUGAGGACGACCAGCAUGCAGAUGAGCUUCCCUGAGACAGUUUCUGACAGUUUCUACAGAAACUCUUUGGUUAUGCAAACCAAUUAUUGCAGCAGCUGUCCGGGUGGCUGGUCUCAGAUGAUCUUAGAGGUGAAGAUGCUGGAUGUGGAGGUCCUGGGCUGGUGUGGUUAUACAUGGUCUACGGUUGUGAGGCCGGUUGGAUGUGCUGCCAAAUUCCCUAAAACACCUUUGGAGACGGCUUAAAGUGGAGAAAUUAACAUUCAAUUCACGGGCAACAGCUCUGGUGAACAUUCCUGCAGUCAGCAUGCCAAUUACAUGCUCCCUCAAAACUUGCAACAUCUGUGGGCAUUGUGCUGUGUGAUAAAACUGCUCAUUUUAGAGUGGCCUUUUAUUGUGGUCAGCCUAAGGCACACCUUUGCAAUAAUCAUGCUGUCUAAUCAGCACCUUGAUAUGCCACACCUGUGAGGUAGAUGGAUUAUCUCGGCAAAGGAGAAGUGCUCACUAACAGAGAUUUUGACAGAUUUGUGAAUAAUAUUUGAGAGAAAUAGGCAUUUUGUGUACAUUGAAAAAGUCUUAGAUCUUUGAGUUCAGCUCAUGAAACAAGGGGGCAAAAACAAAAGUGUUGCAUGUAUAAUUUUGUUCAGUGUAUAUAUAAAUAUAAUAUAUACAAAUAAACCAUUUCAGCUAUCAAGGAGUACUCAAGUGUGCCAGAAUUCAUCUCAAUGUACACAUUUCAUUUCAAAGUUUUUCCUGCCUAUAAUUGUAAUGCACAGUACUUGUAUUUACAAUGUAAAUGAUCUUUUAACAGUCUCAUAUAUAAUAUAUAUUAACCAAGUUUGUUUCCAACAUAGAAAAGCUUGAGAAAAGCCAGUGUCUUCAAACAUCUAUUUUAUGCAUUAAAUCCACAGUAUGAAUAGUGAGUUAACACAGCAGUACCCACGUUUAUGCACAACAUUCCAAUUCAAAACAUUCCAGAUAUUCCAAUUCAGAAUCUAAGCAACUUUAAACAAAGUGUGUCAGAAACAAAUAUAACUACAUUUCAGUUUUACUGAGAAUCUACUCCUGACUGGAAAUGGUAAUGAUUAAAUGUGGCAGUGUUGAGAAAGAAAGUCACAAGACAAUCUCCAGAGCUUAGUCUACCAGACCAAAGUAUUUUGUUUGUAAAAGUUUCAUGUCUACAUUCAGCUUAUGCAAGUUAUUUAUUUGAAGUAAAACAAGACAGUGAAAUGAGCUAAUCCGGUGCUUUAGAACUAGCAGCUUAUUUUUCUGAAAUGUUCCAAAAAUCAGUGAUUUCCUAUGCAUUCAGGGUUACGUUAUCAUUUAUACAUGAUGCAUUCUAAAGUAUAACAAAUGUAAUUUGCAGGUUAUCAAAUGCAAGGCUGCAGUGGCUUGGGAAGCAGGCAAGCCUUUCUCAGUGGAGGAAGUGGAAGUUGCACCACCACGAGACCAUGAAGUCCGCAUCAAGGUGACCAUGAAUUAACUGUGAAAGUGACAAGUUAUAUAAUAAUAGUAUCAGUAUAUGUGUGACUGAACAAUUUAGACAUAGUCACCACAAAUGAAAUGUUAGCUCUGGGAUCCAAGAAUCAUUGAAUUGAAUUGAAUUAUUCAACAUGGGUGCAUAAUUCUAGACGCUGAGCCUUAGGAUUACCACUUGUUCAGUAUGUUACUGAUACAUAUGCUGGUAUGUUUUUCAUGCAACAAGGAAGAUGCAUGGCAGUAAUGUAUUAAGGAUUAGUCUGCUGGAGUCAGAGUGCACCUGCCAAAAAUUUAGCAAAGUUGAUGGAGCACUGGGUCCUCGCAGGGGAAUAGAUUUACCUCUGUCUGCACUUCUUAUUAUAGUUGUCUAGGAUGCAUUAUUCAUUUAGACAUUUUAUCCGCAUUAACUGCCUAAUAUUUACCCAUCAUGUCUUACUGGUUUUCAGAUUGUUGCCACAGGAGUCUGCCGUACUGAUGCCCAUGCUGUAAGCACCCAUUUUAAAGAGGGUCUUUUUCCAGUGAUCCUCGGCCACGAGGGAGCUGGUGUUGUGGAAAGUGUUGGACCAGGUGUCACCAAAGUAAAGCCAGGUAAUAUCCUAGAACACAAUACCUUUUAUGAUUACAAAGUAAUGCCUGUAGAGUCCUAUGCUCUGUUUCUGUAAGUGUUGUGUGUGAUUGAUGAGUGCUAUAUGUGGGUGGGGGGACUGAGUGUUGUAUGUGAGAGUGUUUGUAGCGGCUGAUUGUGUAUGUUGGAGGGAGAGGCUAAGUAUGUCUGAGUUUGCUUGUUGAGUGGUGUGUGUAGUGGUUAAAUUUGGUGUGUGGAGUCUGAGUGGUAUGUGUGCAUAGGGGAGACUGAGUUUGACUGAAUGUUGUGUGUAACGUUUCGUGUGAUGGGAUUUUUAAUCUUCCCUAGUCCUGCUUAGCUUUUGGAAGGAGGGGUGUAAUCCCUGGUGGUCCAGUAGAGGGUUAGCUGAGGAGCUGAAUCCCUGGUGGAUCGGUGAGGGAGCAUUGUGGUCUCACCUCUAUUGGGUAUAGAUCACUUUAAGAAUGAUUGAGUGAUACUAGAGGACUGUGAGAAAGUUCUGUACCCAAUAUAGGGGCAGUCCAUAAAGCACUCUUGUUGAAGUGAGGGGGCACAAUGCUAAACAGUGUAAUCUUUUGCUGUCUCAUGGAGGGCUCCCUCACAACCAGAGCUAAAUCUCCAGACCCAGAUAUGGGCCCACUAGGUAACCAUUGUGAUCUGCACUUUUAUCAGUUGAAAAUCACUUUAACAGCUCCCUCAGAGCGCUGACUGCGGCAUACAGAGUCAUUGAAAAGCACCAGAGGCCAUGAGGGAGUUCUUAAAGUGUUUUUCAUCCAAUACAGGUGCAUACAACAAAGAUUCCUCAAUGUUCUAAGAAGGCACAGGGAGCAUGAUGAUUUUUUGCUGUCUUGUUAAGGGCCCUCUUACAGUCUGUCUGAGCCUGGGCUUUAGGCAGCUGAAUAUGCCACUUUAUGCAUAAUCUGACUCUGAGAAACAGAACCUGAUUAAGAUUGCCCAGGGCCAUAAGCAGAAUGUACAGUUUGGCUUCAUUCAAGAGCCCUGGGCUCUGUUAUGUGAAUGGAGGAGUCUAAGUGGUGUGUGUAUGUACAUGUGUGAAUUGGCUGAGUGUCUGUGUGUGUAAAGAAGACGGAGUGUGGCUGUGUUUAAAGAAGGCUAAGUGUUGUAUGUGUAAGGAAAACGCUGAAUGUCCUGUGUGUGGUGGUUGGGUUUUGUGCGAGUGGUUGCUGAUUGUGGCUAAAUUUUCUGUGUGGAGGAGUGUGGCUGAGUAUUGUUUGUGGGAGGGAGAAGGUGCUUUGUGUGUUAGAGGAGAAGGCUUAGUAUGUGAGAGGGGACCCUCCCAACACACCUUCACUUUUUUAAAUUUGCCUCUCCUGCUAACCUUUUGACAAGAAUGGAGUGUUAUCCCUGUUGGUUCAGUGUAUGGCACAGUAGAGGAGCUGUAUCCAUGGUGGUAUGGUGGUAUGGUGGGGGAGCAUUGUGGUUGUCACCUCUACUAGGUGCAGGUCACUUUAAAAGUUCCAUUGCAAACUGCAAAUUCAUUGUGUAUUGUGUCUUCUAGGUGACAAAGUCAUUCCUCUCUAUAUCCCCCAAUGUGGUGAAUGUAAGUUCUGUUUGAAUCCCAAAACCAACCUUUGCCAAAAAAUCAGGUAAGAUCAGUCUGUCUGACCAUUUGUCUACUUAUUUAUCUCGCUAGCUUGCUUUCUAUUUAGCAGCAUUAUUGAUGGUUAGGUAGAUACACAUUAUAUUUACAUAUAAUGAGGUGCAGUCGGGCUGUAAUUUCUCUGCACCUAGUGAAAAUUAGAUGUGCCAUGCAAACAUUUAAAGGCAUGUGAUGGAGGGGGCAAAUGGUAGCACCCAUUUUGCCUUAUCGGGGCCCUGACAGUGUGGCAUAAGUGCAGAUGACAGCUGGCCUGUUGACUCUACACGAGUCGGGGGGGGGGGUUACAUGGACUGGCAGAUCCCUGAGAGCCCACUGUACUGUGGAGUUCCCAGUGGGGGGAUGUUGACUAGCAUGGGGGAGCAGUGGGUGGCCUCCACCCCAGGUGGUCUGUCGGCAGUAUUGAAUGCAUGGUCUCAGACAUAUUGUGUUGUCCCUUUUUCUGCUUUGGGGUUAGGGGAGAGGAUGGGGAGCUGUAAGACAACCAUAUGUACAGUUGUAAUCAAAAUUAUUCAAGCCCCAAUGAAAAUCAGGAUUUUUGUCAAAAUAUAAAGACUUUCAGCUGUUUGCAAUGAACAAAUGAAACAAAAGCAAUCGAAAUAGCUCAAUACAAUGAAUGCUUCAAGUGGUUUCCCCAAAUUCAAUGGAAAAUGCAACUUAUAAUAACUUCUCCACUCUCAAAAUUAUUCAACAUUCUGAAUAGAAUCCCUCAAAACAGCACAAAUAUAAAAAAACAGGUGUUGUCUCAAGCAAACCUGAUGCAACUAAUCAAGGGCUUUAUUAGUUGCACCAUUUGUGCUUGAGCUGGAACACUUGAAAUACCUGAACUGGCUACAGGUUUGUUGAGUGUUACGUUUGACUGCAUGUUAGAAAUAUGGCCGCAAAGUUUAGAGAAGAGAUCAUUGCUCUUCCCAAAUAAAGAACACAGUGCAAAUAAUAGCAAAGGCACUGAAUAUUCUAGAGACAAUGUUGGAAGCAUAGUUCGCAAGUUCAAAGUUGAAGGAACAGUGGUUCCACUACCUGGACGGGGCAGAAAAAAGAAGCUAUCAAUUACCGCAACCAGAUUUCUGAGAAGGCAGGUUCUGAAAAACCUUUGAGUGACUUCAAAAGACCUGCAUCAAGACUUGGUGGCAACAGGCACUGAGGUUUCAGUGAGCACAGUAAGACCAGUAUUAAACGCAGAAGGUUUCCAUGCCAGAACUCCAAGACAUACACAACUACUGAGCCUAAAUCACAAGAAAAGUCAGAUCCAAUAUGCUCAAAAUUAUAUAAAUAGGGAGGCGGGGCCUGUGCAUCAUGGCAGUUGGUCACAUUUCCAGUGAGCCCCUCACCUAGCUCCUAGAUCCUAGAAUUAGUCUACUGGUGUCUGAUUGGCUCAAAUCUUACCUUAUUUGUAGACCUUGGCCUGUUACCCCAUGAGGCUGGUAUGCUCUGACAAAUCGAGUGAGGCCUAAUGGAAUUGCUAGACCUGUGUGUCUGUCCACUCCAACAUUGCAUAGUACUCUACCCUCACACAGGCCACAACGUUGCCCCAUUUCCACCUCUCUGGACCAGUAGAGGUUUUCCCGGGCCCCACUGGCUUCUAUCACAUACCUGUGCUGAUUUCUGCAAAGUGCUGAAACUGACCCUCCGAACACAGUGACUUACACUAACAUGGCAGACUCGCCUUCCACUGCUGAGUAAGCUACUACACAGCUCUACGCUGGCUCUGUGGAGCGGUCUUUACAACAGCUUCUCUGUGGUUACGGAGCAAUGUAUGGCAACCAGAGCGCAUUUCUAAAGGAGAAAUGGAGGGGCGAGGGCCGGGGGUUGAGUGGGCCUUCUGCGGGCAUUGCCUUCCUACAUAGAUCAGACAACCCGCUGAGGUUGAGGGCCAACAGGGGCUCAACCCUGAAGCAUACUCCACACAGACGGGUAGCGAACCGCAACCAAUGGUGACAGACCAUCAGGACCUUCAGUUAUCCAUCGCUCUAAGGUGGACUUGGACUUUCGAAGUAUCCGAGUUCUUGGCAUGUGGAUGCUGGCCCUCAUACAGGCCUGGGGCUGGAAGGUGGCCUUAUCUCACUCAGAAAUGCCGUUGUCUUCAAGGACUUCCUUGUUAUUACCACAGGUUCACCCUGCCUAGGAAUAGGCUGAUCAUGGACUUACUAUUAUGAGUAACCCUACGUGCUGAACUCUGCCCUUCAUUAGAAACCAUGUUGCCCCUCUCUAACUUCUCUCAGCUUGUUUUUGCAGACCAGUAUGGUAUUUGCUUUUGUUUUCUCUCUUUUCUUUUUCGUUUAUUCUUUUACUCAUGUGUUCUUCUAUUUGUGUGUUAAUGAGACAAGCUCCAGCGGCUAAUUUAGCAUGGUAGUCUAGUUUGAUUACUCGUGAGCAUUUUGCCUUUAAUCACUUACAGCCCAAGCUGACACUGCUUUUGAUCUACACAAAACUUUGCUGCUCAAGUAGUUCAGUUACAGCACUGGGUUUCUCUAGCCUGUUUAAGUUUUGUUCUAGUGUUAACUACUAACAAUUGUUAAUUUUAAAAAUGAGGCUGAUUUACUCCGGAGUACAUUUUAUACAGCAUUAUUACUGCAUACAUGAUGUAUGUUUACCUGCCAUGACUCAAUUCUGUACCAUUUUCUUUAUUGCCUCAAAUAAAAGAAAGAUUGACAAAAAAAAUUUAAUAAAUAAGCCACAGAAGUGUGUCUGGAGGAAGAAGAAUGAAACAUAUGCUGAAAAGAACACUCUGCCUACAGUUAAGCAUUGUGUUGGCUCGGUGAUUCUCUGGGGCUGCUUUGCAUGGUCUGGCACUGGAAAUCUGCAGCUUGUGGAAGGCAAGAUCGAUUCGUUGAUGUAUCAGGAAAUCUUACGAGAAAACGUCAUGCCAUCUGUAAAGAAGCUGAAGCAUGGGCGUCAUUGGACCAUCCAACAAUGAUCCCAAGCAUACCUCAAAUUCCACCAAAGCUUGGUUGCUGAAGAAAUCCUGGAGAAUUCUACAGUGGCCAUAACAUAAUUGGUUGGAUUUAAAGCAGGCGGUUGCAGCACGCAACCCAAGAUUAUUACUGAACUGGAGUUCAUUGCUCAUGAGCAAUGGGCUAAGAUUCCUUAAGGAACACUACCAGAAGCUGGUGUCUGGCUAUGCAUCUUGUUUGCAGCAGGUCAUAACAGCAAAAUGGUGCUUUACUAAUUACUAAAGAUGCUUGCCAUGAAGUGGUUGAAUCAUUUUGAGUCAUUAUAAGUUGCAUUUUCAGUUGAAUGUGGGGAAACCACUUGAAGCAUUUGUUGUGUUGAGCUAUUUCAAUUGCUUUUGUUUGAUUUGUUCAUUGCAAACAGCUGAAAGUUUGUAAAUUUUGACAGUAAACCUGAUUUUCAAUUGAAUUCGACCUUUGCUUCUCUGCAAAACCUCACAUUUCCAGGCUAUGCAGAAGGAGAAAAGAGUUUUAUUGUUCUGUAGACAUAUAAUAAACCAUGGGGCAAAAGGCUGUGUAGUCUAUAAAUACCACCAGAGUCCUAAGAUUGAAUUACGUUCUCAUAAUACACGUCACUAAUAUGUAUCUUUUAUAGAACAUGAUGUUUGAAAAUUAGGGUUUGUAUUUGUCAGAGGGAUUGCAUUGCAAAAAAACAGGGGCUUCUGCCCAAGAGUAAUUUGCGACAGGACAAGUAUUUCCCAGAUCUUACUGAGAUUAGGGCCCCUGAACUGCUCAGAGGAGAAGCAUGUAUUAUAUCCCAUAAAUAUUUGCACAGAUGACUAUUCAUAUUGUAUCGUAUUCCAAAAUAUCAAAUGCCUGGUGAAGUGGGCAGAUAAUGAUAUAUUCUGCAUUAUGACUUGGUAUUAUAAAAUAUACGUGCAUUGUGGUAUGUGGUGGAACCUAGCAAAUCAAUGAUACAGUGCAACUAUAAUACUAAGCUUUUUUUCUUCUAUUUAUAUUAAGUACUUUGUCAUGUUUACUUAGUAGUAAUCAGCCAGACUGGAACGUGUAUAGAAAAUUGUAACACUGCAUACUUGACUUUAGGUUUCAAACCUAUGUGUGAAAAAGAAAAUUAGAAAUAUAGUUUGAUGAUUGUAAUAUUGCAAAUAUUCUUUUGUACUUUCAACAGCAAAAUUAAGACUGCCAUUUCUGAUCAAGACCUAAUGGCUGACAAUACAAGCAGGUUUACCUGCAAGGGAAAGCAAAUAUACCACUUCAUGGGCACCAGUACCUUCUCUGAAUACACCGUCUGUGCUGAAACUUCUGUUGCCAAAAUUGAUGAUGCAGCUCCACUUGAUAAAGUUUGCCUGAUUGGCUGUGGAUUCUCUACUGGGUAUGGUGCAGCUAUUAACACUGCCAAGGUACUACCGUAUGAAUCAUCCAUUGUACAGUGAUACAGAAAUGUGAGUUGUGAAUUGAGAAAGAUACAGAAGAGGUGUUUAGAAACAUAUGUUGUGGAACAAAACUCUAAAAGUGGAGCGAUUUAUUAUGGACACCAAGACAAAGUACUUGUUGAUUGUUCCAUGUGUAGAAUUCUGCACCAUAUGAGCAGUAUAAAGUGAACUUAUUAGAAAUGGUACGUAUGUAUUUAACUGAGUCACUUGAAAAUUAGCAACCCGCCCAAACACAUUAAAAUACUUACAGCCACAAAUAAACUUUAUCUAAUUUGCUCCUAUAAAGCUCCCUGUGUUUAAAUAUUUUUUUAUUUCUUUCCUGAGCACUCAGUUUUCAUUAAAUACAUACAGAAAAGUUGAGAUGAUGUUUCCUUAUGUAUAGCUGUAAAGUUGACAGACCUUCACAAUCAGAUUUGACAAGUUGUCAAUUUGCCAAAUCAGAUUUACCCACAAUCCAUACAUUAAAAGAAUCACACAGAAGGGCAAACUGCAAAAUUUAUGGUAGAACAAAAUGGCUGCGUCCAGAUAUUAAUAUUAGGAAGAGAAGAUUAUAAAUGAAAUAAAAGUAGUAAGGGAUGAAUUAUAAUCAUUGAAGUACACUGUGUGCAAACAGCUAAAUUUAUGGUAGAACAAAAUGGCUGCGUCCAGAUAUUAAUAUUAGGCACAGGGAAGAGAAAAUUAUAAAGGAAAGAAAAGUAGUAAGGGAUGAAUUGUAAUAAUUGACGUACACUGUAGGUCCACCCAGACCACUACAUCCUCUGUCUGUUCAAAUUAAACAAUUGCCCUUCUGCAGGAAUAUCAAUGUUUACAUUGAUUGAUGCAGUGUGUUGUUUUUGUCAUGUAUGUGCGCUAGCCUCCCAAGGAAAACCAAAAGAAAAAACAUCACAGGAUCACUUUAAUGUUAGAAUCUUAUCUCUAUAACUAUUGCGCAGUAGACCAAUUAGGUGCACCUAUGUUGUAUGUUACCUGGCACAAUGUCACAAUCUUGAAGGCAUUAACACUAUGCAAUUUACAAUGUAUGUCAGUAGUUUCUAGCUUUUACGGAUAGCAUGGUUCUUGUUUGAUAUCAAUCGGAAGUAUUCUAGAAUUUUAAUUUGGGCAAAAACCUUGCAAAUACAUAGGUUACAUAGUUACAUAGGCAGAAUAGAGACAUGUCCAUCACAUUCAGCCUUCCUCACAUUUAUUUUUUGCUGUUGAUCCAAAAGAAGGCAAACAAACAGUUUGAAGCACUUCCAAUUUUGCAACAAACCAGGAAAAAAAUUCCCUCUUGACCCCAGAAUGGCAGUUAGAUUUAUCCUUGGCUCAAGAAGCUAUUACCCUACAUUGAACAAUUAUAUCCUUGAAUAUUCUGUUUUUGCAAGUAUGCAUCUAGUUGCUGUUUAAACAGCUGUACGGACUCUGAUAAAACCACUUCUUCAGGCAGAGAAUUCCAUAUGCUUAUUGUUCUUACGGUAAAAAAACAUUUCCUUUGCCUUAGACUAAAUCUUCUUUCUUCUAGUCUAAACGCAUGACCUCGUGUCCUAUGUAAAGUCUAGUUUGUGAAUAGAUUUCCACACAAUGGUUUGUAUUGGACCCGGAUAAAUUUGUAUAAUGUCAUCAUAUCCCCUUUUGCAACAUUUUUCUAAACUAAAGAGGUUUAAAUUUGUCAACAAUUAGGUGAGAAUAAAUUAGUUCUACGUCUUCUUGUUUUGCAAUUCAUAUUUAAUGGAACACUUCUAAAUAUGGUCUUUUACAGAAGAGCAUUAUUUAAUAUUAUAUAACCUUCACCAAGGGCAUAAGAAUUCAAGUUUAUUAUGUGUGGUUAAAGAUGUCUACGUUGUAUAUUAAGAGUGCUAAAAUAUCUUACACUAUUAUUAAAUUAAAAUAUAGAGGUAUCCAGAAAGUAGAUGGAAAGAUCUGCAUAACAAAAUAAUUCUUAAUAGCAAACAUACAACAUAAAAGUGAUAAAGUACAGUUGUUAAUACAGCAACUGUGUCUUACUUUCGUAUUUCUCCAGGUAGAGGCAGGUUCAACAUGUGCUGUGUUUGGUUUGGGAGGAGUUGGGCUCUCGGCUGUCAUGGGCUGUAAAGCAGCAGGAGCCACUCGGAUCAUCGGCAUUGACAUUAACAAGGAUAAGUUCCCUAAAGCCCUAGAGCUAGGAGCCACCGAAUGCAUCAACUCAAAAGAUUACGAUAAGCCCAUCCAACAGGUCAUAAGUGAAAUGACUGGUGGUGGUGUGGAUUUCUCCAUUGAGUGUAUUGGAAUUAUCGAAGUCAUGGUAGGUUGUUUUAUAGACUUAAAUAUUUCACUUCUAGGGUUUUAUUUUAUUUUUUUGUCUCUUGUUUUACUUCUAUCUAUCUAUCUUUGUAUUUAAUUACCUAUAGUCAUCCACCUGCCAGCUUUAAUUACGUUAAAAAAUAUACUCUCUAAUGAUAACGUAUUAUGAGAGUAGAGUACUUUAAUGUUAUAGUCAAAAAUUUUGCUCCUAUAUCCCAGGAGUCAUUAAUUUGGAUAUGAGAUUACCGGUAAUAGAUAUAUGUGGCUUGAAAUUAAACUAAUUAUUAUGUUAAUGGAAUUACAUAUGUUUCAUUCGUUUGUACAUUCAUUUGUACAUACAUACAUAAUUUAACUUUAUUCUGUGUUUCAAAUGCUCAAACUUAAAAAGUGAGGUUUUUAUUUUUUCACAUGCAGUUUUUUGUAUUGAUUGAUUUAUUUAUUUAUUUAUUUGUAUCUAGAAAGCUGCCCUUGAGUGCACCACAGUGGGCUGGGGUACGUGUGCAAUUGUAGGAGUCUCAUUAGCGGAAGGAGGAGUCCCUGUUGAUCCAUUCCAGUUGAUAAUGGGUCGGACCUUGAAAGCUACCUUCUUUGGAGGUAAAUCAUUUAAACAAUAUAACUAUUAAAAUAUGCGCAGUGCUAUUAGUUCAGAUGUUUAUCAGGAAGCAUUAUUUUGCCACUUGUGCUUAGUUAGUUCAAUAAAUAAACAUUAUUUUAGAAUCAAAAGCUCUAGAACAGUGCACUAUAAUAAAAUAUUAUUAAUAAUAAUAAUAAUAAUGUAUGUUUGAUUUAAACCCAUGUCUCUUUAUUUAUUUUAUUUGUCUAGGUUGGAAGAGUGUGGAUAGUGUCCCAAAGCUCGUUUCUGACUAUUUGUCAAAGAAAUUUGAUCUGGAUGCAUUGGUUACAUUUACACUACCAUUUGACAAAAUUAAUGAAGCUUUUGAUCUAAUGCGUGAGGGCAAGAGGUGAGCAUAUGCACAUACCUUUUACUUUGGCCAUACUAAACCAUCAGUUGUGAAAAAUAGACAAUGAAACUGCAAGUUUUAGGGAAAAAUAGUCAAGUUAGUCACUUAGUCACAAACACUGGCCAAAUAUUAGUUUUUUGCUUUUUUCACACAAAAACAAAUAUGAACGCUAACUUUGGCCAGUGUUUGUGACUAAGUGGCUACUAAAAAAGACUAAACAUACCCCACUUUCAAUACCUUGGGUUGUCUACUUUUUCAAAUGGUAUGCCAUUAUGGGGGUAAUUCUCAUUCCUGGGCUACCACACCGUCUCAAAGGUAACAUUACUAAUCUGGCAAAUUUCAAUUUGAAAAUGGAAUGUUCUAUAUUUGACACUGUAACUUUCCAAAACACCAUAAAACCUGUUAAUGGGGGGUACUGUUGUACUCGUGAGACAUCGUUGAUUACAAAUAUGUGCAUUUUUUUGCAGUAAAACCUAACAGUAUUAUGACAUUCACAGCUAAAAUGUCAGACGGAAAUACAAUUUUAAAAAUAAAUCUUAUUUUCUCACAUUUUUUAAAAUUUUAUUCAUAAUAAAUUAUGUUCCAUAUAUGAAUAGUUAAUGAUAAAUUAAAGCCCUGUUUCUCCUGAACAAAAUGAUAUAUAAUAAGUGUGGGUGCACUUAAAGGACCACUCUAGGCACACAGACCACUUCAGCUUAAUGAAGUGGUCUGGGUGCCAGGUCCAGUUAGGGUUAACCCAUUUUUUUAUAAACAUAGCAGUUUCAGAAAAACUGCUAUGUUUAUAAAUGGGUUAAGCCUUCCUCCAAAGCCUCUCAUUGACAGCCGCUAGAGGCGCUUGCGUGCUUCUCACUGUGAAAAUCACAGUGAGAGCACGCAAGCGUCCAUAGGAAAGCAGCUCUUGCCGCGCGUGCACAUUCAGCCGAAUGGGCGGAGAGGAGGAGGAUCGGAAGAGGAGAGCUCCCCGCCCAGAGCUGGAAAAAGGUACGUUUUUACCCCUUUCCCCUUUCCAGAGCUGGGCGGGAGGGGGUCCCUGAGUAUGUUUUCCUGGCACUAUAGUGGUCCUUUAAUGUGACAGCGGUGAAUUACGGUUGAACAGACAUAUAGCGCAAAUUCCAGUUUUUGUUUACGUUUUGUUUUGAUCAGAACGUGCACUACUGACUCCGUCCUGAAGGGGUUAAACAUAUGAGAAGAAUUUUAGUAUAGCUUUACGGCUUCAGCAAAUUAUAUGUGUUGAUUUUGUCUUGCUUAUGUACAAUUAGUAUGUGUACAUUUUGGGCAAGGUCUAGAUAUGCAUUUGCAACAGCAAUAUCGCAUGUACAGCUGAAAUGGAGGUGAUCUGUCCACCUAAACUAAAAAGAGAGUUUAAAGGUUCUAAAUAAAAAAGUUGGCAAGCCUAUAGGGCCCCUAUGCUCGUGGCAUGCCCAAGUGUUAAGACAGCCCUGGGAACGGGGAAGGAAGAGAUCAAUAGACCACAAAACAUGCAAGUAACAAAUACACAGAAACAAUAGGGGUAUAACAGACACAGAGAGAAUAGGGGUAUGCAGCAAUACAAACACAAACCAGAAAAAGAGCAAAUAAUAAAAGUACAUGCAAUUCUAUCCACAGCCAGAAUUAAGAUAAUUAUCAAAGAGAUCAUCAUCAAAGAAAUAGGAGUGGCUUAGGGUCACAUGUGAAUAUAUAAGCUGUGAGAUGAUGUGAUUGGCUACUACUAUCAAUAUACAUGGUUGACCCUUUCUGUGUUUCUUCUCAUAGUUUAGAUAUGUUUUCUCUUUGCUGCUGAGGAAAUAAAAUAAAUUAUAUUUGCCUUUGUAUCUUCUAAUAAAAUUACACGUUUAUCACAUACAGUGGGUAUGACAUAAACAGAUAAAAAUGGUCAUGUACACUACUAAUGGAUAUUCGUUUGCACCCUGAUGGCACUGUUAGCAAAAAGAAUUUGCAAAGAAUUUAAUAGUAAUGUUUGUAUUUGAGCAAGAAGCAGUAUAACAGCAUGUAUUUAUUUUUAUAUUAUUCUAAGAGGCACAUGAGCCCUCCUGACCUUUUGAGGCCUCCCUGGGGACUCUUUCUCCAACAGCCAGCCACCUCAACAUUGAAGAUCUAGAUUCCAGCCACAGUGUGUUGUGUGGGAGAUGGAGAGAGGACAUAUCAUAUGACACUGUCAUGUCUGCCACCUCUCCACACAGGACACUCUUCCACUGUGUGCAGGAACUUCAGAGAUGAAGUGGCUGGUUGGAGAAGAAAGAUAGUACAGGCAUGGAUCUGCUAUUGACAGCUAGGCACACAACAUGAAGGAAAGAUAAUUGGGGCUGAUUCCGGGUAGACGCAAGGGGAGAGAAAUUAAAAAAAAAAAAACGGGGUGAGGCUGAGUUAUAUACAUAUUGAAUCGCAUUUCAAAACAAAUGAAUUGAUCUCACUGAAAUAUUUCCAACAUUUGUUUUUUUUCUCCUCUAGUAUUCGAACUGUGUUGGUGUUUUAAGUGCACCCAACUUGGAAUCAUGGAUUGAUCUUUUGGUCCUGAAAUGGAAUCUGCCUCUCACAGCAAAAGCUUGCAAGCAGAAGAUAUAUACUAUAGCAUUUUCUGUUAUCUAUACCCUUCCAGUUAUAGGAAUUGAACCGUGUAUUUGUAGCCCACGUGCCUCUAUAGAAUAAAUGUGCACUCUGUAUUAAAUGUUACUCUAGUACACCCUGGUGGACAGAACAGAAAAUGUUACCUAGAUACAUCUAAAUGGUACCACCAUAGUAGUCACUUUUGCUAUUCCACUGACUGUGAACUAAUUGUAAACUCAUUGUAAACGUUCUAACAGCUACCACUGUAAGAGUUAUCUGCAUGACAUUUUAUGGUACAAUAAAUAUAUAAAUAAGUUUCUGUGCAGCAAUAUUUUAUGUAUACAAAACAAAAUGUCUGUCUCUGGUUUCACUCGGAUUUCUCAGCACACAAACUAUUUGUGAAAUCUCUCCAUCCCAUUGCACAUUAUUAAAGAAAAGUAUUCAGAACAUAAAACAGACUAUUGUUAGACUAAUACAGACUGGACAUACCCCCAAUUUGAAUACACUGGGUUGUCUAUUUUCACAAAUGGUAUGCCAUGCUGGGGUUAAUUUUCAUUCUUGGACUUCCAUACAGUUCCAAAGGCAACAUAGGUCCAGCAAACCAGUCUCUGAAUUGCCAUAUAUUUGAUCAUUUGAACAAUUCUACCCCUUUGCAUAUUGAAGCAUAGUAUAGAAUGUGAAAUUUGGUGUGGUGAUAGAGUUGUUAAUGUAAUCUAAUCAUUUCAUGAGUGGUUGAUUAUUUUGAGCUCUAAUCAGAAAAUAAAACAAAAUACACCCAUAAAAUAUACAUUUAUUUUUAGUUACAUUAAUCACCUUUAUGAUUGCAAUGCACAUUGUGUGCAUUAAUGGCUGAGACGGUUUUUGAAUUUAAUUUAGUGCAUCCACACAGUAUUGAUAUUUACGUAACCAUUUGAAGGCUUUGUUACUGAGCUGUGUCUGGGCUCAGUGCGGAAGAGAAUUUAGCCUAUUUUUGUGUAGUACAUAACAUUGUUAUUUCUUUUCGGUAACCUUACAAAUCAUAUAUUGCAUUUAUUCAGCAAAAGUUGCCCAUUUGACAUAUAUAGUAUCGUCUAUUUUUGGAUAAUCUCCUGUAAGCAUUCACGGGGGGGCGUGGCUGACUAAGAAGCUGUUUGGACAAGUGUUAAUUUUAGCAGCAAAUUUCAAUGUAGUUUUAGUCAGUCUUUUGACUAAAAAGCCAUUUUAGUUUUAGAUAACAAAAUACGGAGGCAGCACUCCUAAAAAUGGGAAAUUCUCUCCAAAAACCCUUAUAACAAUAGAAAAAAUAAAAAAAGGGAAAGGAUGAGUAAGAUAGGAUAUUAUACAAAAUAAAAUACUUAAAAAAACGCAAUUGAUAAUAAAACAGGUACCCAAAGGGCAAUUAGCAGCAGUCCCAAAAAUAAAAGUCUUUAGGGCGAAUGAGGAUUCUUAAUGGUAUCUUCCAAGAUACCAUUAUCUUGGUAUCUUCCUGAUAUCAGGUUCUCUGUCGAGAAGCCUGCACCGCUGAGGCUGGCCAAGAGACCUCGAAGGACUCACAAGAGGAGGGGGAAUCCCUUACCUUGUCACGAUCUGGCGAAGUAUAAGACAGAUCUAAACCAGAUGAAGAUUCAUCCCCAUCCACAAAAAGGGGAUAUGCAGUGGCUGUUAGUAGACGUGAGAUAGAUCUGGAAAGCUGACCUCCAAGAGACCCAAGCAGAGUUGGGGAUCUUCCAACAGAAGGUGUAGAAAAAAAAAGGAGACCACAAGGGAUUGCCAAAUCCAAGAAACCAAACACUAGUUGGGAAGCCUGGUCAAGCAGACACAGCACAUGCAUAAAAUGGGCAAGCAGGCCCAACACAUGCAUAAAAUGGUGUCCAUGCUUGAAAACACAGCCGCCCACAGCCGCCAAAAAAUCAGUCUGAGGGGAGAAAAAUAGCAAGAGAGGUGAGAACGGACUAAGAAAAUACAUGUAAUUAAGUGUGUUUUCAUUCCUUGACUAACCUGAAAUUUCUGUUUGCCGCUUCAUACCCAUGUAUGAUGUUUUCUCUAUUUGUCUAUUUACAUAACUUAUAAUUCAUAUAAUGAUGCAGUUGUGUACAAUAUGCACAAACGUUAAAGAUAAACAUUUUUUUUUUUAAAUGGACGUAUCAAUAAAAUACAUAUCAAAUAACAGUGUAUUAAUGUACUUUUCCUGCAUUGUUUUUUCAAUGGGAGUUGGUUCACAUUCCUAAAGUUUUAACAAAUAGGAUUACUUCAUUUUAUCCAUAUUGGAUAAAAACAUAAAAACAUGAACAAUUGAUAAAGUGGUGACAAAAGAGUAUUUCUUUCUUUGCUUUGCUUCAUUCUUCUUUUCAUCUGCAAAGUAAAAAAAGAAUAAAUGUAUCCAGUUAUUGCUAAUAAAUUGAAGAACUUCACAAAAUAACAUUCUAAGAGUAUAAACUUAGAAGAACAAUCUAUGCUCUAGUAGUGGCUAUCAUGCCAGGGGUGACCUUGUGCUGUCCAACAGUAAAAUGUCAAACUGUAUUAGCACAGUUUGCCCACAUAUGUAGGUCAUGCCGAGCACCCAUGGUACAUCCACUGUCUUCAGUGUUCUCAGGCAGGAGAAUCCUGUUGGUUCUGGACAGCAAGCGAACCUUGCUCUAAGUAGUGAUACCUGGCUUCUCAUGUUGGAGAACAUGACAUAUACUGCAUGUGAGCCCAGCAGGACCAACAUGAGUUAAUUAAUAAUACUAAAAUGAUCGACACCUUACUGUGGGAUAGUAAGGUGUCGAUCAUUUUACCUCUAAUAUUUGUCUUUCUAAUAGGUUUAAUAAACUAAGGAAUUUAGGAGAAGAAGACUAUCCUCUUUUUUUAGAGAGGAGUCUGGAAAGGGAAAGAGGGAGGAGAAAGGAAUUAUAUACCCCAAGAAAACGAGACAGGGAAUUAGAAGAGGGAGAAAUAGAGAGUUUAAAAGAAGAGAAAAGGAGGAAAGAGGAGAGAAAUUGGAGGAGAUAAUACCCAAUGAGGAUGAAAAAGGUUUUAGAAUUUUUAAUUUAUCACAAAAAGUUUUAACUAAUGCACAUAUUCAAGUUUUAAACAAGGGUUUUAAAUUUGCACCAAGUUGGAAUAUUAACAAAUUUGAAUCAUUUUUAGAUCUAAAUAGAUUUACUAGGAAGCUGUGCCUAAAAAAUUUCUUUAGCACAAUGCCACUUAAUAAUAUGAAUGUGGAAGAAAGUGCUUUUAAACAUACAAGUUUAAAGAAUAGAUCCACUUUUUAUCCUGCCAAUUUCAAGACAGACUCAAUGAAGAUUUUUGAAAAAUCGUGUCUUAAAGAGAUUAGAAAAAUUAAACCCGUGAAUAAAUAUCAAAAUAAUCUCAGCAUGGGGGAAAAAAAUGCACUUAGUGAUUUACAGAAAGACCGGAAUGUGGUAGUAAAACCAGCGGAUAAAGGGGGGGAGUAGUUAUUUGGGAAAAAGAAAAAUAUUUGAAAGAAAUAUAUAGACAAUUGCAAGACCAAACUACAUAUAUGACCCUUUCUAAAAAUCCGAUGACAGAAAUUUCGUCAUCCUAUAAAAACCUUUUGAAUAAAGGUAUAGAAGAAGGGAUUUUAAAUAAAAAAGAGUUUGAUUUUUUAAAUGUCAAUUUUCCUAGAAUUCCCGUUUUAUAUAUCCUCCCCAAGGUGCAUAAAGAUGAAAAUAAUCCACCAGGGAGACCCAUUGUCUCAGGCAUAGGGUCACUUUUAUCUCCCCUAUCACAGUAUAUAGACCAUUUUUUACAAGAUCCAGUAAAAAAAUGUAAAGCAUAUCUUAAAGACACAAUGAGCCUUUUAAAUAUUUUAGAAGAUUUUAAAUGGAAAGAUGGGUUUAUAAUGGCUACCUGUGAUGUAAGCAGCCUCUACACGAAUAUUCAACAUGAGAAGGGAUGUGAGGCUGCUACAUAUUUUUUAAAGAAAUUUGGUGAUUUACCAGAAUCACAGAUUGAAUUUAUUGUAGAAGGGAUUAAUUUCAUUUUGAGGAAUAAUUUUUUUUGGUUUGAAGAUAAGUUUUAUUUACAGACCAAAGGUACGGCUAUGGGGACCAGGUUUGCCCCAAGUUAUGCUAAUCUUUUUAUGUCUUACUGGGAGGAAAUAUUUAUUGACUCCAGUGAAAAAUUUGGGGCAAAUCUGGUCCUCUAUAAACGUUACAUCGAUGACAUUUUUAUAAUAUUGAAUGGAGAUGAAGAAUCCCUAAAUAAUUUUUUAGAAUUUUUAAAUUUUAACGAAUGGAAUAUUUCCUUAACGUAUGAAUUUAGUUGUUUUAAGGUGAAUUUUUUAGAUUUAUUAAUUUAUAUAGAUAAUCAACAAAUAAAAAGUAAAACAUAUUUUAAAACAGUGGAUGUAAAUAGUUUUAUAGAUUGUACAAGUUGCCAUUUUAAACCGUGGCUUGAAAAUAUUCCAAAAGGACAAAUGCUGAGAUUAAAACGAAAUUGUACUGAAAAGGAAGAAUAUGAACAACAAGUAGGUUAUUUACAGAAGCAAUUUAAAGAAAAAGGAUAUAAGGAAAAAUUUUUAAAACGGGUUUCUGAAGAGGUUGAGCAAAUAGAUAGAAAACAACUUUUGAAAUAUAAAGAGAAGGGUAAUUUAAGAGAAGAGGAUAAUAAAGUUCCAUUGAUUUUUAAUUACUGUACAAAUAAUCUGGAUUUAAAGAAAAUUAUAGAUAGUAAUUGGCACAUUUUAAAAACAGAUGAUAAAAUAUCAAAUUUUGUUGGUGAAAAACCAAAAAUAAUUUUUAGAGGUGCAAAAAAUUUAAAACAAAUUUUAACAAAAAGUUUUUUAGAUGUGGAUAAAAGCAUUAAUUUUUUAAAACAACCUAAGGGCUUUUUUUAUUGUGGAGUAUGUAGGGGGUGUAAAUUGAGGAAAGAUCAACAUAAAAAGAUUUUUAAGUUUACAUCAAAUGCCACAAAAAAAGAAUAUAAUAUUAAGUCUUUUAUUUCUUGCAAUAGUAAGGAUGUGAUAUAUAUGCUAAUUUGUCCUUGUGGUCUGCAAUAUAUAGGGAGAACCUCACGGUGUUUAAAAAUUAGGAUUAGAGAACAUAUUUACAACAUUAAUCGGAAAUAUGAAAAUCACAGUGUAUCGAAACAUUUUCUAGAUCAUCAUAAUGCAGAUCCAAAAGGUCUAGAGUUUUUUGGAAUAGAGCAGAUUAAGAUACACUGGAGAGGAGGGGAUAAAGAAUGUCUCCUCAAUAGAAAUGAAAUGAAAUGGAUUUUUGAUAUAGACACUUUAAGUCCACAAGGACUAAAUGUUGACUUUGAGAUCACCCCAUACAUAUAAUCGAUCUAUUUUGUAUCUUUAAUAUAUAUAUGCACUUUUUUAGUUUUAAAUUGCCCCUUAAAUUUAUAUAUUGUUCUUAUAUUUAUGUUUUUAUAUAUUAUUUAUAUAAAUUUAUGUAUAGGAGAAUUUUUUAACUCCUUUCUCGAUUAUAUAGGGUUGAUCUCAUAGUUUUUGAAUAUCUCUCUUUUUUUCAAAUAAUUUGUACCUGUAUAUAAAUUAAUUUAUAUAUCAUUUUCUCUUCCCCUCUUUAAGAAGAAAAAUUAUAAAAAGUAUAUUAAUGGUUUAUAUGUUUAAUGGUCUAAUAUUGCUAUAAAUGAUGAUUACAAAGAUAGUUUUUCUUUUCUUUUCAUUUUAUGGAAACUAUUGUAAAUGAGUUCUUAAUGGAGUUAAGAGUUUGUUUUUUGCCAAUAAUUUGUUGAAAAAAGACAUUACAAGUAUUGGCAAUUUCUGCCGAAACCGGAAGAUCGAAAACCGGAAGUGAUGUCACCGGAAGUUCCGUCAUGACGCCGAAACCGGAAGUUGCGUCAGAACGUGAACCGGAAGUGAAGGACUAAGGUGUAGGAUGCCAUCCAGACCCGGAAGAAGAUCAAAGGAGGACACAAAAACGUGCAAAAAGGCGCCAAAAAAAGGGCGCCAAAACGAAUAUUUAAAGACUGAAGCAUACUGAGGAAAACAGACUUUUGAUAAAGGCUCUAGCCGAAACGCGUUAAGUUUGUUUUUAUAUAGUGGACUUUUAAUUUAUUUUACCCAGUGUUUUGUUUUUACCCCUUAUGAUAGUGUGUCCAAUAAAGUUUUAUUUUAUUCCCUGCAUCCUGGAAUAUUUUAAUUACAAAUAGAGACCACAAAGGGGAAACAGCCUGGUGUGUGAAGUACCACAAACGGAUAUUUUCUACGCUUUUAGUCUGAGCCAGCUUAUUUUAAGUGGCUCAUGACCAUGUGAGUGAAACCUUAUUUGUUUUAUAAAUUUUAAGGUUUUUUACGUUAUUACCCUAUGUGUGUUUUUUUCCUGUUCUUACAUAUUUUAUACAGGAAUUAAUUAAAUACGGAGUAUAUCUUUCAACUAAGGGUAAUUAUAAGUGUUGUUUGGAGUGUGCCCUCACCUAUUUCUUAUUGCCCACAUAUGUAGGUCAUGCCGAGCACCCAUGGUACAUCCACUGUCUUCAGUGUUCUCAGGCAGGAGAAUCCUGUUGGUUCUGGACAGCAAGCGAACCUUGCUCUAAGUAGUGAUACCUGGCUUCUCAUGUUGGAGAACAUGACAUAUACUGCAUGUGAGCCCAGCAGGACCAACAUGAGUUAAUUAAUAAUACUAAAAUGAUCGACACCUUACUGUGGGAUAGUGCCACUGCACUGCUGCCACAAUAACCAUUACAGCAGGCUGUAGUUGUUCAAGUAAUAAAAAGAGAAAGGGGAGGGUACAAAUCUCCCCUAUUGAGGGCGCUAGUUACUGAUGACAAAAGGAUUUAUGGUUAAAAAUCCAAAAUUUAAUAUACAAUAAAAAUAAAAGAUAAUAAUAAAGCAGUACAAUUAUAAGACCAGUUAUAAAAACAAACACCAGCCACUAGCUCACAAAUACAAAGAUACUUCGCAUAGCCCUAGGUCGCGACUCAUAGGGCUUGGAAAUACUUGCGGCUCUCGGUACAAUUGUGGAGGUGAAAAAACUGUCUCUGGACUGCUGUCUUAAAAACUCGGGCUCAACGCGUUUCGUCCCGCGCCUUUCGGGACUUCCUCAGGAGCUGUAAAUGCUGUUGUUCCAUUUGCCGGCUUCUUCUCUUUUAAAUCUUCAAAGAUCUUCUAUAUUCACGCCAAAAACCGUCAUUGCGCAUGCGCACACCGACACAAAUUUCCGUUCAGCUACGGGUGCCCCCAAAGACCAGUAGCUAUCGGGAAGUCAUCGGCGCACAUGCGCAGUCAGUUUGGAACGCACAGAAACUUUAUUGGCACUGAGUACUGGACACUAUAUAACACUACAUUGGUUAAAAGUGACCAAGAAACUCAUCACAGUUGUGCCUGAUUUUAACAUAGUAAACGAAUCCUUAGAGUUUACCACAAAUGUAUAGAUAGGCAUUAUGAAUUGGAAAAUCUAAAAGCAAUAGUGUCUACCAGGGCUAUGGGUACAAAAUAUGUUGAAUGUACAUUGCAUUUGCGGUAAUCCUUACAGUCUAGAUGAGACAAUAUAAAUAGAUAAUUAGAACAGUUAAAUAGAACUAUUAUGUUCUGAAUAUCUCUUAAUAAUUUUGUAAAUCAAUUAAUUCAGACCCAAUCUACUUAUGUGUAAGAUUAUUUCAUCUUGAUAUAAAGGAGAAUAAAGUAAUUAUUAUGGAAAUCCAAAAAUAACAAUCAUAACAUUUACCAUAUAUGGAUAUUGUGCAAAAAAAAUAAAAAUAAAAAUGAAAUAUAAAAGUGAAAAUGAAUGAAAAAGAAAGAAAAUAAAUAAAAAUAAAUAUAAAUAUAAAUAAAAAUAAAAAAAUAAAAAUAAAUAUAAAAAUAAAAAUGAAAAUCAAAUGAAAAUCGAAUCAAAUGAAGUAAAACAUAAGAAAAUAAGCAGACUAAUUUUUACAUUUAAUUAGUACAGUAUAUUACAUAAAAGCCAAGAUGUCUAGGUCGGUGUUCAGACCUAGAGGAGUGGAAGACUUCAUUUUAUAGAUCCAUUCUGUUUCUUUUCUGGCCAAAGUUUUAGUAGUGUCCCCGCCUCUCCAAUGUGGAACAACCAGAUCGAUAUCUAUACAGAUUAAAUUAUUCAGAGAAAAAAUAGAACAACCAUUACAGUGUCAAGGUACACUAUGUUUUUCGCUUUUCUUCUUUAUACCAUUGAGAUGCUCUAAAAGUCUCUCAUGUAAUUUGCGGAUAGUUCGACCUAUGUAUUGUAUUCCACAUACACAUUCUAAUAAGUAUACAACAUUUUUGCUGCUGCAUGUUAUAAAAUGUUUUAUCAUGAAACUCUCACUUGUAACUGUACUUUUAAAAGUUGUCGUUAUUCUUUUUUGGAACUUACAAGUGCUACAGUUUCCACAUCUAUGGAAACCAUUAGCUUUCUUUUUUAGAAAAGUUUCCUGUUUGUUUUCUAGCACUACUUUUGGCAGCAUACUAGGUGCUAGAAUUGUUUUUAAACUAUCGGUCUUUUUAUACACAAUUUUCGGCUUCUUAGGUAAUAUUUUAUAAAGAUAAGUGUCCUGCAAUAAAAUCGGCCAAUAUUUUCUAAGAACUUUAUCCAUUUUAUUUGCUUUAUUGUUAUACUUAGUGAUAAAUGCCAUAUCAAAAAAAUUCUUCUCAAAAUUGCUAGUUUUUGGUUUUACUUUUAAGAUAUCUUCCCUUUUUUUAAUUUUUACUUCCUCUUGACUUCCUUCAAGUAAUUCUUUUGGGUAGUUUCUAUCCAAAAAUCUUUUAUUUAGAACUUGGACCUGACUAUCAAAAUCUUCCUGAUUUGUACAAUUCUUAUAUAACCUAGUUUGCUGACUCUUAGGGAUAUUCCAUAACCAUACGGGAUUAUGGCAACUAGAAAAUUCAAUGAGGCUAUUACAAUCCGUGGGUUUAAAGAAAGUUUUACUACAGAUUAUAUUUCUCUCUAUAAAGAAAGUUAAAUCUAAAAGUUGAUCUGUAUAUCUCCCAUUUCUUGGGUAAAAUUCAACCCAUAUUGUUAGAAUUUACAUAAACCAUAAAGCUGUUGAACAGAUGAAUAUCUCCCUUCCAAAUAAUAAGAAUAUCAUCUAUGUACCUUCUCCAUAGCACCAGGUUUGCCCCAAAUGGAUUGUUAUUCCAAAUACAUCUUUCUUCCCAAUUCGCUACGAAGAUAUUGGCGUAGCUUGGGGCAAACCUGGUGCCCAUGGCGCUACCACAGACCUGCAAAUAAUGAAUACCUUCAAACCAAAAAGAGUUCUUAUGUAAAAUAAAGUCAAUACAUUGUAAAAUAAAUUCACUCUGUCUUUUAGACAUUUUAUUAUCAUUAUCUAACAUCUCUUUUACAGCAGCUAUCCCUUUAAUAUGGUCAAUGACCGUAUAUAAUGAUGUAACGUCUAUAGUGACCCAUAAGUAAUCUUCCUUCCAUUCCAUUCCUUCUAAUUCUCUAAUUAUUUGAGUUGAGUCUUUUACAUAUGAAGCUGCCAGAGUGACAUAUUUUUGUAGAUAGAUAUCUACAUAUUCAGAGAUGUUACUUGUGAGAGAAUCAAUACCACUAAUAAUGGGCCUUCCAGGUGGAUCUUCCAGAGAUUUAUGAAUCUUAGGUAAUUGGUAAAAAAAACAGCCAAUUUAAGGAACUCAAUAUAAAGAUAUUCGAACUCCAUUUUUGUAAUUAUUUUCUGUUCUAAUGCUUUAGAUAAUAUAACAUGUAAUUCUGACUUGAAUGUAUUAGUUGGAUUUUCUUUCAAAAUUUUAUAAGUCUUUACAUCACUUAGAAUUCUAUUUGAUUCUUUCAAAUAUUUGUCUCUAUCCAUAAUUACAAUCCCCCCGCCCUUAUCGGCUUGUUUGAUGACGAUUUCUAAUUUUUCCUUUAAGUUUUUUAUUGCUUUUUUCUCAUUUGGGGAUAAAUUUUCCUUCCCUUUUUCACUUUUGAGUUUCUCAAAGUCAUUUAGCACCAUACUACAAAAGACUGGAAUAUAGUCCCCUUUAUCCCAGUUUGGAAAGAAUUUUGAUUUUGUUUUUAAAUUAGAAUUCACUAUUGCGGGUCCAUUUUCAACAUUCUCUAGUGAUACAUUUUCUAAAUUAGUAGUAAUAGAAUUAGGUCUCAUAUUGUCUUCAGCUUUCCUUUCAAAAAAUCUUUUACCAUUAGCUUUCUAAAAAAUCUCUGAAUAUCCAUAAAUAAUUCAAAAUGAUUGUUUUUUUUUUGAGGGGCAAAUUUUAAACCUUUCCCUAAUAGUUUAAUUUCUUCCUUCGUCAGCUUAUGUUUUGAAAGAUUAAAUAUACCUACUUCCCUUUCAUUUGGAACCUCUGUUGUUAGCAAAGUGUUUCGUCCUCCUCUUGUUCCCCUAUUUCUAUUCUUUGUUCCAUUAUACGUCUUCUCUUUAUCGGGGUUGGUGUUUCCAGAGGUGCGAAUCUGUUUUUGUGAACCCAUAGAUCUAAAUUCUUGGGGGGUUGUCUUGCCUGGGCUAAUUUUUUGGGGCUUUGUUGUAUGGUUCUCCUUCCUAAAAAAAAUUACUAUUAGUGGAUCUAUCUUUUCCAUAUUCUAUUUUUUUCCCCGUAGUAGUAUUAGAGUUAGCUAUUUUGUAGGUAUUUUGUUCUCUAUUUAUUUUUUAUUUUUGAUUUCUAAUCUGGGUUUGUUUUCCUUGAUUAUUAAUGUAAUUAUCAUACUGAGAUCUUCUAUCAUGACUAUAAUCUCCAGAUCUCUUUUGUUGGAACUUUUUGGAUUGAAAUUGAGAUAAAUUACGAUUUCUGUUCCAUUCAUAUUGAAAUCCUUUUCCAAAAUCUUCCUUAUCUCUUUUCAACUUAUUGUCCUUCCUAAUAAUAAUCGUCUCUUCUAAUUUUUCUAUUUUCAUUUUUAAUUGUAAAUUAUACUCUUUUACUGACUCCUCACUAAUUUCCUUAUUAAUAUCAGCCUCCAAUGUACAAAUUUCCUUUUCAGUUUCAGCCAGAGCUUUUGAUUGAUGUUCUAUAAGUAGCUCUAUUAGCUGGAAAGAGCAUAUUUCUAAAAUCUCUUUCCACCUAGACAUGAAUCCUUUGUCCUCAUAUCCAUAUGCAGGGGAUUUAUUUAUCCUCAGUCCCCUGGGAAUGAUGCCCAUCUUCAAAUAUUGUUGGAAAUAUUUAACUUCCCACCACUUUUUAACUUCUUUCUCCGCCAAUCUUUCCAGUUUAUUAAAGAAAAAAGUACUAUUAAAUUGUGGGUUCACAUUUUUUCCAAAAAAGAUGUUAUCUGCUUUUUUAUUUCUGGCUUCUUGCAUAGAGGUGGUCAUCAAUCUGCAGUAUGCCAUAGUCUAAAUAAUGUAUAAUUAAUAAACCAAUAAAAGAAUAAAUGCACUAGAAACAGAAUUAUAGCUCAAACUAUAAAAGAAAGUGCCAGAGGAGGUACUAGGGUUGAACAGUUCCAAUGGAUAUACCUAGAUCUGGAUCUAAGGAGUGUUUAUAUAGACAAAUGCAAGAUAAAGAGAGAUCCAGAGUCUAGGUUCUAUAGAUAUGUCAUAUAGGUAAAAAGCUGCCACUCAGUAGUGCCAAAAGUAGUGCUAGAAAAAAAACAGGAAACUUUUCUAAAAAAGAAACCUAAUAGUUUCCAUAGAUGUGGAAACUGUAGCACUUGUAAGUUCCAAAAAAGAAUAACGACAACUUUUAAAAGUACAGUUACAAGUGAGAGUUUCAUGAUAAAACAUUUUAUAACAUGCAGCAGCAAAAAUGUUGUAUACUUAUUAGAAUGUGUAUGUGGAAUACAAUACAUAGGUCGAACUAUCCGCAAAUUACAUGAGAGACUUUUAGAGCAUCUCAAUGGUAUAAAGAAGAAAAGCGAAAAACAUAGUGUACCUUGACACUGUAAUGGUUGUUCUAUUUUUUCUCUGAAUAAUUUCAUCUGUAUAGGUAUCGAUCUGGUUGUUCCACAUUGGAGAGGCGGGGACACUACUAAAACUUUGAUCAGAAAAGAAACAGAAUGGAUCUAUAAAAUGAAGUCUUCCACUCCUCUAGGUCUGAACACCGACCUAGACAUCUUGGCUUUUAUGUAAUAUACUGUACUAAUUAAAUGUAAAAAUUAGUCUGCUUAUUUUCUUAUGUUUUACUUCAUUUGAUUCGAUUUUCAUUUGAUUUUCAUUUUUAUUUUUUUUUAUAUUUAUUUUUAUUUUUAAUUUAUUUAUUUUUAUUUAUAUUUAUUUUUAUUUAUUUUCUUUCUUUUUCAUUUAUUUUCACUUUUAUAUUUCAUUUUUAUUUUUAUAUUUUUUUUUGCACAAUAUCCAUAUAUGGUAAAUGUUACGAUUGUUAUUUUUGGAUUUCCAUAAUAAUUACUUUAUUCUCCUUUAUAUCAAGAUGAAAUAAUCUUACACAUAAGUAGAUUGGGUUUGAAUUAAUUGAUUUACAAAAUUAUUAAGAGAUAUUCAGAACAUAAUAGUUCUAUUUAACUGUUCUAAUUAUCUAUUUAUAUUGUCUCAUCUAGACUGUAAGGAUUACCGCAAAUGCAAUGUACAUUCAACAUAUUUUGUACCCAUAGCCCUGGUAGACACUAUUGCUUUUAGAUUUUCCAAUUCAUAAUGCCUAUCUAUACAUUUGCUACAUUUGUGGUAAACUCUAAGGAUUCGUUUACUAUGUUAAAAUUAGGCACAACUGUGAUGAGUUUCUUGGUCACUUUUAACCAAUGUAGUGUUAUAUAGAGUCCAGUACUCAGUGCCAAUAAAGUUUCUGUGCGUUCCAAACUGACUGCGCAUGCGCGCCGAUGACUUCCCGAUAGCUACUGGUCUUUGGGGGCACCCGUAGCUGAACGGAAAUUUGUGUCGGUGUGCGCAUGUGCAAUGACGGUUUUUGGCGCGAAGAUAGAAGAUCUUUGAAGAUUUAAAAGAGAAGAAGCCGGCGAAGGAACAACAGCAUUUACAGCUCCUGAGGAAGUCCCGAAAGGCGCGGGACGAAACGCGUUGAGCCCGAGUUUUUAAGACAGCAGUCCAGAGACAGUUUUUUCACCUCCACAAUUGUACCGAGAGCCGCAAGUAUUUCCAAGCCCUAGGGCUAUGCGAAGUAUCUUUGUAUUUGUGAGCUAGUGGCUGGUGUUUGUUUUUAUAACUGGUCUUAUAAUUGUACUGCUUUAUUAUUGUCUUUUAUUUUUAUUGUAUAUUAAAUUUUGGAUUUUUAACCAUAAAUCCUUUUGUCAUUAGUAACUAGCGCCCUCAAUAGGGGAGAUUUGUACCCUCCCCUUUCUCUUUUUAUUACUUGUCUAUAGGCUUUUUUUGGGGUGUGCCUAUUCUGAGUGGCAGCUUUUUACCUAUAUGACAUAUCUAUAGAACCUAGACUCUGGAUCUCUCUUUAUCUUGUAGUUGUUCAAGUGCUUGGAGUCUUUCUCUAACUUUUUUGGUACUGUAUGAAUAUCUAUAACACUCAACAAUUCAAAGAAUAUAAAAUAAAGUCCAAAAUUAAAAAAAAGAUAAAUAAAAUGUUCAUACCUAUAAAAUUAUCCUAUAAAAUGUGUUCCACAGUAAUAAAACAAUUCUUAGAUUUUAAAAUCCCCUGGUUUUAGCAUAAAACCAUGUGUUAAGGUAGUACACAACAGAACUGAAAUCCAAUGACAUGCCACGUUCUCAUGGAUCUCUUCCACACCUCUUAUAGCACUGUGUCAUCUUCUUCCUUCGUCUGGGCCAAUAAACUACUCCUCAUAAAAGAGCAUUGAUUAAUCUUUGGAGCGAUGCCUAACACAUGGGUGGACAGGUUGGACUAGGGGAUAGACCUGAACAAAUCACAGAGAGGGUGGAGAGAAGACUGAAAAGGCUAGAACUGCAGCACUAUUUUAAUUGAACAGUAUUUACUGGUGGAGGGAAGGCUUAUUGGGAUACAUCAAGGAGACAGUGUACAUGCAAGUCCCACAAACAGUACUCACUGCGCUGCAUGCUACUGAGGUUUCCUAAAGUUUAAGUUCACCCCUUGGCAAGCGGAGCGAGGUAUGCAGUAAAAGUGCAUAGUUUAUAAUAGUACAUAUGUUUUUAGGCAUAAAUUGUGUGUAUGCUGUUAGUCAAAAGAUAUGCUGUGUAGUCAGGGCCGAUCCUAGGGUCACAGGCGCCUGGGUGCAGACAUUUAUUGGUGCCCACAGGUGGGCGUGGUCAUCUUUCUAACUCCUCCCCUUUACAACAACUCCACCUCUCCAUCUAGACACACACUCACUGACAGUCACACACUCUCACUGAGAGACACACACACUUACUGAUUUGUCACACACUGACAGAAACAUACUCAGACAGAAACAUCGACACACACUCUCAAUGACAGAUACACAAUCUCACUGAUUUGAAACACUCACUGACAGACACAAAUGCUGACAGACACAUAGUGGUACGCAAAACAAGGAAGUCCAGCACUUUUUUAAUCACAAUAUACAUAAUCACACAAUUACACGCACACUGCCCCAUGCAUACCUAGACCGUCACACACAAUACAAUACACACACAUUCAUACCGUCAUAUGGAUGGUGUAUUAGUCACACACACACAAUUUCCCUCUCAAUGUCACAUACACACAGUCCUUGCUGUCAUGAACACUGGGAGGAGGAAAUGAGGCCAAGGUCCCUAGUGUCUAGUGGGAGGUAGGUAUUCCUUUCAGCUUCCCCUCUGUGUAGCAGCGGCUCUUAACCCCUUAAGGACCAAACUUCUGGAAUAAAAGGGAAUCAUAACAUGUCAGACAUGUCGUGUCCUUAAGGGGUUUUAAACAAUUAUCUCUAUAAACUCAUUUGAUAAAUUAUUUAUUAAUGCAAAGCUUCUAAGUAAAAUAGUUUUCAUUAUUUCAGUUUGCUGUAUAUGUACAGUGAUGUAUGCACCGCAUACACAAAUUAAUACACAUACAUACAAAAAUCCACAGUUCAUAUCUCAUACAUACAUAGACAUGUGCACAUUCACAUAUAUACACAGACACACACUGUCACAUACAGGGCACAUACCAAUAUAUACACUCACAUACAUACACAGACACAUACUGUCACAUACAGAGACACAUACCAAUAUACACACUCUCAUACAUACACAGACACAUGCUGCCACAUACAGAGGCACAUAGCAAUAUACACACUCACAUACAUACCUGGUUAUUUACAAAAAUGAGUAUUGUCAGGAAUUUAUAGUGGAUUUCAAAGUGGAUAACAGAAUUAGGGAUCGACCGAUAUUGAUUUUUUUUAGAGCCGAUACCGAUAAUCUGUGAAUUUUCAGGCCGAUAGCCGUUAGCUUACUGAUAUUCUGUACAUUUACCGUAUUUAUUUAUUUUUUUGCAAAUCUUUUUUUUAUUAAGUGGUAAAUGCACUAAAUAUACAUGACAGUCAGAUUUUUUUUAUGUUUUAAAGAAUAUUUAUAUGUGUGUGUGUGUGAGUGUAUACAGUGAGAGUAUUUGAUUAGUAAAUGCAGUGUGUGUGUGUGUUUGUGUUGUGGAUGCAAUGGGUUUGUUUGUGUAGUGGAUGCAGUGUGGGUAGUGGAUGCAGUGUGCUUGUUUGUGUAGUGGAUGCAGUGUGGGUAGUGGAUUCAGUGUGUGUGUUUGUGUGUAAAUAUGUGCGGUAGGAACUCCCCUCCUCCCCACCCUUUACCUGUCUCUUAGUGCCCCACCCCAUUCCCCUGUUCCUCUCCCUUCUCUUUUAGUGGUCCUCUUUCCUUCCCUCCCCUGUACCUUAGUGUCCUCCCUUGAUGUUCCUCUCUCCCCCCCAGUGUUCAUCACCCUCCUUCCCUGUCCCAUAGUGCUCUUCACCCGUAUCAAUAGAAUAAAAAACACCUGUCCUAUAGUGUUCUUCACCCCCAUUCCCUGUCCCAUAGUGUUCUUCACCCCCCUUCUCUGUCCAAUAGUGUUCUUCACCCCCCCUUCCCUGUCCCAUAGUGUUCUCCCCAUCCCCUGACCCAUAAUGUUCCUUUCCUUCCCCCCUCUCCCAUAGUGUUCCUUACCACCCCUCCUCCCCCACAGUGUUCAUUACCACUCCCACCCCCUGUCCCAUAGUGUUCUACCACCCCCCUCCCAUAGUGAUCCUUAAAACCCCCACCCCCCUUCCUUAGUGCCCCUCUCUCUUUUUAUCCUCCUUGGUCCCCGCUCCCCAGUGUGUCUCCUGGUAGCAUGGCUGAGCGGAGCAGUGAGAGCACUUCCUUUCAGUCCGCCCGGGUACAGGAAACAUAAGUUCCUGUAUUGAAUCCAGUACACAUUGGGUGCGCACUGCUCCGCUCAGCCACUCUACACAGAGUGCCUGGAAGGAGGGAGUGUUGUGAGCCCACCUCUUGCCGGUCACUCCGAUCUAGCGCUCCCCCCCCCCCCAGGCCGGUGCUCCCUAAGACAGCCGCUUGUGCCGGUGAUUAUUGUCCAAUACCAAUAUUUACAAAAAAUCUGAAUGUCGGUCGAUAAUAUCGGCAAAAUCGAUAAUCGGUCGAUUCCUAGACAGAAUUGUCAAACUGGAAGCAUUGUAUUCCUGACAAUUGUUUUAGUGAAUAACCCUUGUCAGACAUGAAUUAACACACAACAUCACAAUCAGACACACAUCAUCAUGGACACAGACACACCAAAACACAGUCAGAGACAUACACGCAUUAACACGAUUACAAACAUUCAUAAAAAAAACACUGAGGCACGUAUAUUAAAAGACACACAAAGUCCCAUACAUAGACACACAGCACACUCAGUCACAUAGACAUAGGCUUAUGUAUAGCAGGUUGGUUGGUAGGUUAAUUGAAUUGGUGUUCAGGUGUGUUAUGUGACAGGGAAGGUAGUAACACUCAGCAGAGUACCGCUGGUGUAACACCACCUACACUCAGCAGCUCCUUUUCCAGCUGCAUACUGGGGGAGUUUCUAUUGUUGGGAGGUUUUCAAGGCUGCAUUCUAAAGCAGCCACUCACUCUCCGUGUUCCAAGCUGUGACACUUGCGAGUUGUGUUGGCAGCCGGGCUCUUCUGUUGUCAUGGCGCCCUGCUUGCACACCCCAAAGGCUGGUCCUGCUGACAGACACACUUGCACUCACUCUCAAUGACACACACACAUAAACCCUGACACACACAAACUCACUGACAGACAACCACUUACUUGACAGAUACACUCUCUGUCAAACACACAAACACUGACAUACAUUAACACACACUUACUGACGGACAUACACAAUGACAGUCAUACUGACAGACACACACACACUGACAGACACACACACUCACUGACAGAUACAUUUACUGACAAACACACACACUCACUGACAGACACACUCGCUGACACACAAACACUGACAGACACAUACACUCACACACACUUAAUGACAGACACACAAACUCACUGACAGACACACUCGCUGACACACAAACACACACACACACUUACUGACAGACACACACACUCACUGACAUACAUUUACUCAGGGCCCGUGCAAGGAUUUUUGCCGCCCUAGGCAAAAGUAAAGUUUGCCGCCCCCCCCCCCCAUGUGACAUCACAAUGCUCCACCCAUAUGAUCUGCCAUGUUAACUAACGCCAGUGCUGCAGUGCCGCCGUGUUUACAUUAAAAGUCCUGCAGGGACAGGCUAUAGACACCAGAACCACUACAUUAAGCUGCAGUGGUUCUGGGGACUAUAGUGUCCCUUUAAUGUGAGGUAAAUUAGAGAUUAGUGCCACGAAUAAUAUACUAGAUUGCCUACUUACAACCAGAUGAGGAUGAUGAUGAGCUCUAGCUGCAGUCUGGCUCCACUGGUCUGGUGUAGAACAGGCUCUCUGGAGGCGGUUUGUAACUGUGGUCACAAAAAUCAAUGUUCUGGGAGAACGGGAAGCAGCUCCAUUUUUUUGAGAGCCCUUUACACAGCUCAAGGUCUGGGUCCCAGGGUCCACCUUCAUGUUCCACCAAUGAGUUUGUUCACAGGGGUGUGUGUGUGUGUGUGUGGGGGGGAUGUCCUGAUGUGUGUAAGGAAUGCAUUGUGUGAAUCUGUGUUUGUAUGUGUAAGGGCUGCAAGGUGUGUUUCUGUGUAUGUACAGGAUGCAGUGUGUGCGUGUGUAAGGGGUGCAUUGAGUGUGUGUAAGGAAUGCAUUGUGUGUUUCUGUGUGUGUAAGGGAUGCAUUGUGUGUAAGGGUUGCAUUGUGUGUAUGUGUGUGUCUGUGUGUGUAAUGCAUUGUGUGUUUUCUGUGUGCAAGGGGUGCAUUGCAUGUGUGUGUGAUGGAUGUCAAUCUCUCCCCCCUCCCUUGUCACUCUCUUCUCCCCCCUCUCCCUUGUCACUCUUCUCCCCUCCCCCUUCCCACUCUCAUUGCCCCUCCCUCCCCUGUAACUCUCACCCCCCCGUCAAUUUCUUCUCCCCCCCACCAAUUUCUUCUUCUCCCCUCUGUCAAUUUCUUCUUCUCACCCCUCCCCUACUAAUUUCUUCUUCUCCCCCCUCCCCUUCCAAUUUCUUCUUCUCCCCCUCCCCUACCAAUUUCUUCUUCCCCUCCCCAUUUCUUCUUCUCCCCACCCCUCACCAUUUCUUUUAUCCACCCUCCCAUUUUAUUCUCCCCCCUCCUCUCACAAUUUUCUUCUACCCCCUCCCUACCAAUUUCUUCUCCCCUCCUGCCAAUUUCUUCUUCUCCCCUGCAAUUUCUUCUCCCCCCCUCCCCUCCCAAUUUCUUCUUCUCCCCUGCCAAUUUCUUCUCCCCUCCCCUCCCAAUUUCUUCUCCCUCCUCCCCUCCAAUUUCUUCCCUCCCCACCCCUACCAGUAUCUUCUUCUCCCCCCCCCCUCCUGCCAGUUCUUCUUCUCCCCACCCUCCCAUUUCUUCUCCCCCCCCUCCCUGCAAUUUCUUUUCACCCACCAUCCCAUUUCUUCUCCCUGCAAUUUGUUCUCCCCCUCCCCUCCCAGUUUCUUCUCCCCCUCCUGCCAGUUUCUUCUUCUCCCCUGCCAGUUUCUUUGUUUCUUCUCCCUCACAGUUCUUCUUGCCCUCCCCUCCCAAUUUCUUUACUCCCCUCCCUCACAAUUUCUUCUUACCCCCCUCCCUCAAUGUUUCUUCUCCCCCCCCUCCCAAUUUCUUCUCCCCCCCCUCCCAAUUUCUUCUCCCAGUCCCCUCCCAAUUUCUUCUCCCCCGUCCCCUCACAAUUUCUUCUUACCCCCUCCCCUGACAAUUUCUUCUCCCCCCUCCCAUCCCAAUUUCUUCUUACCCCCUCCCACCUGCCCAGGAUCGGCCCUGUGUGUAGUCCAAAUCUCUGUGUAUAGUUUGUAUUCCUUGGAUGUUAAAUGUAAUAUCAAUGAGUGCAGAUAACUGAACUCCACAUUUGUAAUCCUGUUUGUAACCUCCUUUUUGGUGAUCUCUGUAAACAAAUGUAUUUGUAUGUCAUUUUACAGUUUUCUCGGUGCUUAUGAUUCACGGUGCUAAAGGUGUUAAAGAGAUUAAUGUUGGUGGUGUUCAACCCUCCUGCACACCCUUGAAAAAAAAAAGUACCCCACCCAUCAGAAGCUCUCCUCUCAUUAUUUACUUGAUGCCAAAGGGGCCGCAACAGUCAGAUUAUGUCUGUUGCCAGUGUUCAGUGCGCCAUUUAGCAGUCCUGAACAGCAUUUCGGGCUACCAAACAUGUGCUGUGGGUACAACUAGGCCCUUGCACAAUUAUAUAUAUUUAUAUUUACAUAUAUAUAUAUAGGAAACUAUGAAGAGAGCACUCCAGAGGAUUUUUUCAAUCAAUUUUAUGCGUAGUUUUAGAAGAUCAACGUUUCGACCCAAGAGGUCUUUGUCAAGAUAUAAAUACAAGUGAAAAAAUUAUAUUAUUAGGACAUAAAUUAUUAUUUCUUAACAACUUACCCAGUGCAAGUGUGACACCCCAGAUCCAUGUGUGAACGCAGUGCGGUACUCUAGUGAUAGCGCGUGUGUGGCCAACGUAGACGUUAUAUAUAUAUAUAUAUAUAUAUAUAUAUAUGCUUUUAUUUAUUUGCCAUUAUUGCAAAAUUCUAGAAAUAUUUGAGCAUUCUAACUUGAAGUGUUAUGCUUAAUUUAUAGUCAACCUAUUAUCAUGAUGUGAUACAAAAUAAGUAAAAGAUCCCACAGUUAAGAACCGCUGGACCCAGUGUCACGUAACUGAUGGAGCAGAAAAGAAAGAGGAAGUUGUAUACUGGACACCCCCUCAUAUGCUAUGGAAAGGAUGCUGAUUGGCUGUUCCUGUUGCUAGGAAGAUAUACCUCUUAUGUUACUUACUGGUUUCUUUUUUAUACUGAUUUUGUGUUUUUCUUUGCUGCUGAGGGAAAUAAAGAGAGUGCAGCAUAAUACUCACCUCUGUGUCAUUAAUAAAAUCACGUAUUUAUAGUAAACCUAUUAUCAUGAUGUGAUCCAAAAUUAACAAUUAACGAUCUUCUGACACCUCUUACUACUCUUACAAAUUAGGUAGUAUUGUCUCUGGAUAAUAGUGAAUAGUAUGAUAUUAUCAUUAUUGUAUGGGAUAAAUAAGUCUUAAUCAGUAUCAGUAAAUGUUAAAAAAAAACAAAAAAAACCUUUUGCAUAAAAGAUAUGAUGAAUAGUCCUUAUUUUGAUUGAGAAAAAGCCUUUCUAUAUCACUAAACUUUAUAUAUGAUAUAGAUUUUAAGUGUGCAUAUUUGAUGGGGUAUUAUUAUAUGAUUAAAUGUUUUGGUGUAGUUGCACAUUUCAUAGAAAGUAUAUAACAUGGUUAAACGCUGCCUUGCAACAACAUCUCAUUAAGCUGUAUUGGGAAGUCUGUGUUUGGACAGGCACAAAAUGAAUAGGCUUGGGGAAAAAGGGAAAGUUCCAAAGGCUGUAGAUAUUAGACCUGAAACUUUUGCAAGCUGCUUUUAGAUAUACUCCAAAUGAAAGAAAAAAAUGGAAUUCAUGCGUGCUUUCAUUGUAGGUACAUAUACUAAAUUGUGAUUUUAAAAAAAUAUAUAAUUUUAAUUAUUAAUUGGGCAGUGGAGUGUAAGCUUAUGUUAAGAAUUCUCACAAGUUCUAUAGGCAUUACUGGCUGAAACACUUUGGUCCCAUACCUUCUGGGAGGUAUAGAAUCAGAGGAGGUGCACCGAGCCUCCAGGAGGUACCGCCAGUGACACAAUUUAAUCACUGAUAACAUCCAUAAGGGAUGAUAAUCACCUGUCCACUGAAAGCACGUAUCAGCCUGAUAUCAAGCAUGCCAAACUGACUGAUAGCCUCUCUGGCCAACCCCUAGAAUAGAAGACCAUGCCGUCAGUGCUGCUGUUCCCAACGCACAGCAUGUUUACGUCUAAAAACGCGCUCAAACUUUGCUGCCAUGAGACCUGAUGCAGGAGAUGUCUUACUUGAGAUUAAGCACAGGAAAUAUACACUGAUAAGCCACAACAUUAAACCCACCUGCCUAGUAUUGUGUAGGUCCCCCUUGUUGAGGCAUGACCUAUGAAUGUGUCCUCUCGUAUCUGGCACUAAGACAUUAGCAGCAGACACUUUAAAUCCUGCAAGGGGUCUCCAUGGAUCAGAUUUCUUGUUCCAGCACAUCCCACAGAUACUCAAUUAGAUUGAGAUCUGUAAAAUCUGGAGGCCAAGACAACACCUUGAAAUCUUUGUCAUGUUCCUCAAACCAUUCCUGAAUAACUCUUGCACUGUGUCAGGGUGUAUUAUCAUGCUGAAAGAGGCCAGUGCAAUUAGGAAACACCAUUGCCAUGAAUAGGUGAAUGUGGUCUUCAACAAUCUCUAGGUAGGUGAUGCAUUUAAAAGUAGUGAGUGAGCUUGUGUGUGUGUUUGUGUGUCUGCUAGUGAGUGAGUGAGCUUGUGUGUUUGCCUGUCUGCUAGUGUGUGAGCUUGUGUGUGUGCCUAAUAGUGAGUGAGCUUAUGUGUGUGUCUCAGUGAGCUAGUCUGUAGUGAGCAUGUGUGUGUCAGUGAGCUUGUCUGUAGUGAGCAUGUGUGUGUGUGUCAGUUAGCUUGUCUGUUGGAAGCAUGUGUGUGUGUCAAUAGCUUUUCUGUAGGGAGCAUGUGUGUCAGUUAGCUUUUCUGCAGUGAGCAUGUGUGUGUCAGUGAGUGUGUGUGUGUGACAGUGAGCUUGUCUGUAGUAAGCUUGUGCGUGUCAGAGUUUGUCUGUACUACCUUUGUGUGUGUAUACCAAUAAGCUUGUCUCUGUGUGUCAGUGAGCCUAUUUGUGUGCAUCUGUGAGCUUGUGUUUUCAUGUCACUGAGCUUAUGUAUAUCAGUAAGAUUGUUUGUCUAUGAUGCUGUGUAUCAAUGAGCUUGUGUGUGUCAGUGAGAUUGUCUAUGUCUGCAUGUGAAUACACUUACUGUAUAAAUAAAGGGAUCCUAAAAUGCAAGGAAAACAUAUCUGUUUUCCUGGAACGAUAGGGUUAAUAGUUUCCUCCCCUCUUCUACGGGGCUGAAAGGGUUAAAAACAUUUUCAGCCACUUACCUGAAUACAGUGCCGAUGUCGCAAUAAUAUCGUCCUUGUAAGUGCUGUUUGUGCAUGAAAAAUGCAAAAAACUUCACUAUUACUGGCGAUAUCAUCGUUGUAAUACAUUUUACUGUUUUGAAACACUAAUAUUUGUUUUCAGCGAAGUCUCCCGAGUAGAACAGUACACCCCAUGUACAGGUUUUAUGGUGUCUUGGAAAGUUAUAGGUUAAAUAUAGUGCUAGCAAAUUAAAUUCCCUUUACUUUCGGCAUGGGUUGUCAGGCAGGUCCCGCUAAUUGUAAUUAAUUAAGAUACCUAAUUAUGUAAAAAUAGUACAUAAAUAUAUAUGUAGAAUUAAUAUAUGUAUAUAUAUAUAUAUGCGUAUGUGAAUAUAUAUGUGUACAUAUAUAUAUAAUUUUUAAAAAAUAUUUUUAUUUAUAUAUAGGUAUAUAUAGUGAUAUAUACGUAUAUAUUUAUGUAUAUAGAUAUAUAUUAUUUCGUUCUACGUGUAUUUUGAUAUAAAUAUAUAUAUAUUAAUAUCACAAUACAGUUAGAAUGAAAUAACACACAUCUAUAUAUUUUUUAAUUAUUUUUUUAAAUUAUUUUUUUAAUUUUAUUUUUUAACGUAUUUACAUAUUAAAUUUUUUUAUAUUAUAUAUAAAUAUAUAUAUAUAACAAUAAUUAUAUAUAUUUAAUCUAUAUCAGUCUAUGUGUAAUUUGAUAUUAAUAUAUAUAUAUAUAUAAUUAUAUAUAUAUUAAUAGUAAAAUACACCUAGACAGUGUAUGUGUGUGUAUGUAUAUAUAUAUAUAUAUAUAUAUAUAUAUAUACUUAGAUCUAAGUAUAUAUUUAUUUAUUUUUACACUUUUUAACUUUUAUUUAAUUUUAUUUCCAGCCAACAGGGGGACUAACUGUCAUUACAGGCAGCAAGGACCUCACUCGCAGGGACCUCACUCUCACAUGGCCGGGGGGGGGGGCUGCCAGGAGGAAGAUCUGCCGCGGGGGGGCUCCCUGGGAGUCCCCCCAACCGCGAUCGCCGGCGGUCCCACCGGGUAAGUAAUGAAAGACCGGAGGGCGUACUAUUACGCCCGGCAGCGUUUAGAGCUGCCUAAAAUAGGGCGUAAUAGUACGCCCUCCGGUCUUAAGGGGUUAAACAGGUUUUGGGUUUACAUUCGGUUAUUCAUUAUUUGGAUGAUUUUCUUUUUACUGGGAAAGCUGAAUCUUCAGAUUGUUUUCAUUUAAGGCAGAUUUUCAUGUCCACUGCUCAGCAUUUUGGUAUUCCGUUGGCAAAAGAAAAGACAGUUUGGCCUAGUACAUGUUUACAGUUUUUAGGUAUAAUUAUUGAUUCUGAGCGAAUUGAGUUUCGUUUGUCUGAAGAUAAGAUUAUCAGAAUGAAGCGCAAAAUUUCUCAUUUAUUAGAUGUUAGGUAAAUUGCAAUCUGUGUUAGGUUUACUAAAUUUUGCUUCAAGAGUAAAGAUAUCCCCUGGACUGCAAGGAAGGGGAGGCAUGACUGCUGCCCUGCAGUAAGGGGUGGGAAGAUAAAAGAUACAAUGUUGCCUCUAUAGUGGGAUAUAAGAGGGAGAUCAAGGGGGUGGGACUCACCAGUGCAGAAGGAGCAGUCUGGAACAGUUCUAGGCGUUCUAGGCCUCCUUCCCACCUUUCCCCCAGUCCGGUGCGUAGAGGAGGGGGAUCGGAGGCCGGGACCAGCGGGCAGCAGCCGGCGCCGGAGCAUGGAGGCGGUGAUGGCGGAUCCCGGGCUUCCAGGAGGCAGCCGCGGGUGGUGAGAGCUGCAGUGAGGCGGGCCAAAGAUGGCGGAGCGCGGGAAGAGCGCUCGCGCAGUCCUCCUUCUCUUCCGGUCCGGCCGGAAGUGACGCAUCGACGUCGGACGUCCGGGCGGUGCGUGGAGACGCCGGACGUCACAAGGGGCGCGUACGCGACGGACGCACGGCGCACAGUGCGGACGUCACAGGCCCCACCGGAGAACCCGGAAGUGCGCGAAAAUGCGGCGCCGGAGCCCCAGGGGAGCCGUGGGGGCGCCCAAGCUCGGGAUCGGAGGGCUGUACAGCCCAGGAGAAGGCUGGGGGCGGAUGCCCUGCAGCAAAGAGAGCCCAGAACGCGGGGACUGCCGGACAGGAGUCCAACAUGGGACAGCAUCCAGAGGAGGCUACAGGAGGACUCGGAAUCCGGAUCAGAGGAGGAAGAUUUGGACCAUAGGACGGCUCCCAGACCUCGCCAACCUGAGCAGGCUACCGUGGCAGCUCCACUAAGCGGUGAGUUGGCUUGCGCUAGCGCUUGGGGUAGCCUAGCUGGGGGACAGGGUGCGCUAGGGCAGGAGCAGGCUGCGGAUAGGGAAUUGUUGCGCUUGCUCAGGGCAGUGGUAGAUAGGUUGCCAGCUGCGCAUAGCCAAUCAGGGGACGUGCGCAGGGUGCUGGAGGAGGCUCCAGCUGAUAGGGCUCAGGCGGGGGGGGGUUCCGUCCCUCUCUACCGGGUUGUGAACUGUCCCCCUUGGGCAUGCAUGUCCCAGGGGAGACGCGGGAUAAGAUUAUUAAAGGGGAAUUUGUGGACUUUUUGUCCCUGGUUUCCCCGGACAGGGAUUCUGUGGAUCGACCACGUCGUGGCGAGCCACAGGACCCCGAGAAGGGUAAGCAAAUCCCACGAACGUUUGGGAAUUGGUUACAGGGUUUCGCGGUUUUCGCAAGUAUUCUGACCCGUCGGUUCCCGGAUAGGGCGCCGCAGCUGUUCGGAUACUUGGAUCUGAUUUGGGGUGCGUAUAAGGUGUAUGGCGGGCAGAGCUGGUUUCGUUACGACCAGCAGUUCCGGCAGAAGAUGGCGGCGUGUCCUGGAUUGGACUUCGGCACGCAGGAUGGCAGCCUGUGGCUGUUGCUCAUGACGCCGAGUCGUCCGGCGUCCUUUCCAGGGGCAGCCGGCGCCGGAGCUUCCUCCGGUGCGCCGGCUGGGCAGAAAAAGGGAGUGUGCUGGCUCUUCAAUGAGAGCCACUGCAGGUGGUACUCCUCCUGUAGGUUCAAGCACGAGUGCUCACAUUGCGGGGGGGCUCACCCCGCCAUGCGAUGCUUCAAGAAGGCGAAGCAGUCCAUUCCCAAGGCAGGGUCACGAGAGGAUGGUUCCAAGGGGGAGGACACCAGUGAGCGUGGCAAGGAUGUUGCCAUGGCUCGAGGCCUACCCUAAACGCUGCGAUGCCGCGGUGUUGGAGGAAGGGUUUUCAGUCGGAUUCUGGAUCCCCUUUGUCUCCUCGGCGGAGCCACGGUUGGCAGAUAAUCUUCGGUCGGUCAAGGGUAGGGAGGAAGUUUUGGGUGCCAAGUUGGAAAAUGAAUUGACAUUGCGGCGCAUGGCGGGGCCGUUUUCUUACCCCCCAUUUCCCAACUUGCGGGUAUCGCCCUUGGGGCUGGUACCUAAAAAGGAGCCUGGCUCCUUUCGGUUGAUUCAUCACCUGUCCUACCCGGCUGGGAGGUCGGUGAACGAUGAUAUCGAUAAGGAAUUCAGAAGGGUGCGUUAUGCUUCGUUUGACAGGGCCCUGUCAUUGGUUAGGGAAGCGGGGUUGGGGGCUCUCCUGGCUAAAUCAGACAUCGAAUCGGCCUUUCGGUUAUUGCCGGUUCACCCAGAAUGUUGUCACCUGCUGGGUUGUCAAUUCCAGGGGUCGUUUUUCUACGACAUGUGCCUUCCCAUGGGUUGUUCGAUCUCGUGUUCUUAUUUUGAAAUGUUGUCCUCGUUUUUGGAAUGGUCUGUGGUUCAGUAUUCGGGUUUGGAUUCGGUGACGCACUUCUUGUUUGUGAGUCCUCGGGAGGGUGACGGAUGUUCUCGGUUGUUGGCGGCCUUCCGCGCAGUGUCCGCGUGGUUUGGCGUACCAGUGGCGGAGCAGAAGACGGAGGGGCCAGCCACUAGGCUGUCGUUUUUGGGCAUCGAGAUUGACACCGUGGACAUGGUUUUUCGCUUACCGGACGAAAAGCUAAUGGUCCUGCUCAAGCAGAUUGACUUGGUAAAAUCGGCUCGGAAGGUACAGUUGCGCACGAUGCAAGUACUGCUGGGUCACCUAGCCUUUGCUUGCAGAGUCUUGCCCAUGGGGCGGGCCUUUUGCCGGCGCUUGUCAUUGGCGACGGUUGGUAUCCGGGAGGCUCACCAUUUUAUUCGGGUGUCGGCCAAACUUAGGGCUGACUUACAGGUAUGGAGCGUCUUCCUGGGUAGGUAUAACGGCCGAUCAUGCUGGUUGCGGGAAGCGGUUCCCAAUGCCGAACUUGAUCUGUACACGGAUGCAUCGGGAUCGGUAGGGUUUGGGGCUUACUUUCAGGGCAAGUGGUGUGCGGCUGCUUGGCCAGCGGCGUGAGCUGGAGUUGAUGCAGAACCUUACGUUCUUGGAGCUGUUCCCCAUAGUGGUGGCGCUAGCACUGUGGGGGGACGAAUUGCGGAACCGGGUGGUGGUUUUCACACAGAUAACAUGAGUGUGGUCCAUGUGAUUAACCGAUCAUCGUCUGCAUCUCCUCCAGUGCUGUCUCUCUUGCGUCACCUAGUGCUGCUGAGCUUACAGUUUAAUGUGUGGUUGCAGGCUCGGCAUGUUCCAGGGGUUUUGAAUGUGGUGGCUGACUCUCUUUCUCGGUUUCAGUGGGACCGUUUUCGGGAGUCGGCCCCGGAAGCAGAUCAGGAGGGUCUUCGCUGCCCGGCAUACUUAUGGGACCUGGUUUCGGAGGGCUGAUGUCCUUGGUGUCGGCAUCGUUGUCGGCGGCUACGUGGAAGGCAUACAGGUCGGUAUGGGUAGGUUGGCUGUCGUGUGUGGAGGGGUCUGAUCGUAUGUCAUCGGGGUCUGCCCGGUUCUCAGUGACGUUACGCUAUAUGAGUAGGCUCCUGGAGCAAGGUCACUCAUGCGCGUCGGCGGAGAGAGCGCUGUCGGCUCUGUCGUUUUUGUUUCGGUUUCUAGGCUGGCGGGACAUAAUGAAGGAGUUUUGCCUGCAGCGGGUUCUGCGCGGUUGGAGGACCCGGAGGCGUCCGGACCGGCGGCGUCCGAUUUCAGUGGAGCUGUUGUGGCAGUUGAUGGGGGCAUUGCCGGGGGUCUGUGUCUCGGUAUCAGAGAGUCGGUUGUUACAGGUUAGUUUUGCGCUUUGUUUCUUCGGGGCAUUGCGGGUGGGGGAGCUUGUCGCCCCCAAUCGCCGUUCUGUUUCUCCUCUCUUGCUGUCAGAUGUGCGUUGGACGGAUGGGUUUGUGGACCUGCAUAUCCGCAGAUCCAAGACAGAUCAAGCUGGGGCUGGUGUGUGGCUCAGGGUGGGGAGCUAUGGUGGUGAGUAUUGUCCGGUCCGGCUCUUCCAACAGUAUAUGGCGAGUCGGCCGGCGGCGGCCUCAUUGUUGGUGCAUGCGGAUGGGUCCCCGCUUACGCGUUUUCAGUUUGCGUCAGUGUUGGGUAGAGCGCUGGUGGACUGCGGUCAAGAUCCAUCAGGGUUCUCGCCCCAUUCCUUUAGGAUCGGGGCCGCUACUCAGGCUAGCGGUAUGGGUUUGGCAGGCUCGGUGGUGCAGCGAUUAGGCAGAUGGUCUUCUAGGCGGUUUCAGCUGUAUGUUCGUCCACAUUUGUUAUAAUUUGUUUCAGGUUGCGUCCCCCAUUACGUAUGGAUCUUGGGGCAUUCGUUUAUAUAUUGGGCAGCUCGACGGGCUCAGUCUCGCUCCUAUGGACGGAACCUAGGGAUCUCCAUGGACAUAGCAAGGGUACGCUGGAGGGGUGUUCGGGGUCUGUCCUGGAGUCAAGUCUAUCCGGAGUGCGUGGCCCUGAGCAGGUUCGUGUCGGGGGCGGUUACAAUUGUGAUCCAUGCGGGAGGUAAUGAUUUAGGGAGGGUUAGAUCGGUGGAUCUGAUGCACUCUGUCAAGCACGACUUGGCCCGGUGUUUGGCACUAUUCUCAGGCUGUACUCUGAUUUGGUCGGAGAUUGUUCCCCGUCCUGGCUGGCAGGUCUUGCCGCAUGCCAAGGGCCUGGAGCGGAGCAGGCGCAAGCUCAACAUGACGAUCUCUCGGUUUGUGCGGCGGCUUGGUGGUGUGGCGGUUCGGCAUGUGGAGCUGGAGGGGGACAAUCGGAAUUUGAUGAGGGCGGACGGAGUGCACCUGAACCAAAUAGGAUUGGACAUUUUUAAUGCGGGUCUGCAGUCGGGUAUAGAAAAGGCGCUGGCUGCGGGGGGCGCGAUGCCGGGUAAAGAGAGGGAGGGCCAGCAUCGCGGUGGCGGAGUUCCUGGCCAGCGCACGUAAUGCACGGUAAGGAUUUGGGGAGUCGCAGCCUGCUAGGGCUGAUGGCCGAAGGCAGGCUGUACGAACUCUGGAUAAAGACUUGGAGUAUCUGUCUGUUGGGUAGUCACCCCAACAGCUGACAGGUGGAAAUGCUGGUUGUGUAAAAGUUUAAUAAAGCUGUGGCCGUUGCCCUUACCCAACAAUCAGGUGUCAUGUCGUUAUUGGGGGUAACGGUUUUGGGUAUUUGGGGUCAGCAGUCAAGAUAUCCCCUGGACUGCAAGGAAGGGGAGGCAUGACUGCUGCCCUGCAGUAAGGGGUGGGAAGAUAAAAGAUACAAUGUUGCCUAUAUAGUGGGAUAUAAGAGGGAGAUCAAGGGGGUGGGACUCACCAGUGCAGAAGGAGCAGUCUGGAACAGUUUCCCGCCCGCCCUCCCCCCAAAUAAUUUCCCAUGCUAUGUGAUGGUUUGGCUUGUGGUGUUGUUUGUUUCUGUUCUUGUUUUGUCACAGCUAUGGCGGAGUUCCUGGCCAGCGCACGUAAUGCACGGAAAGGAUUUGGGGAGUCGCAGCCUGCUAGGGCUGAUGGCCGAAGGCAGGCUGUACGAACUCUGGAUAAAGACUUGGAGUAUCUGUCUGUUGGGUAGUCACCCCAACAGCUGACAAGUGGAAAUGCUGGUUGUGUAAAAGUUUAAUAAAGCUGUGGCCGUUGCCCUUACCCAACAAUCAGGUGUCAUGUCAUUAUUGGGGGUAACGGUUUUGGGUAUUUGGGGUCAGCAGUCAUGCCUAUGACUAGGGCCUUUUCCAGACAUAUGUCAAGAGCUAUAGCUGAUUUUACAAAUCUGCAUCACCAUGUUAGAAUUUCUAGACAGAUCAAAGAAGAUUUACAUGUAUGGAAUGAAUUUUUAUGCAACUUUAAUGGUUCCAUGAUUUGGCAAAGUGAUUUUGUAUCUAAUUGGGAUUUGGAUAUUUUCAUGGAUGCAGCUGGGUCUCAAGGCUACGGCAUAUAUUUUCAUGGUAGAUAGGCAGCAGCUGGUUGGCCCCAGUCGUGGUUUGAGUAUGGUUGGACAAGAAUGAUUACUCUUUUGGAAUUAAUUCCGAUAGUUGAAGCCCUUGAUGUCUGGGGCUCCGUAUUGGCUAACAAGAGGAUUAUUUUUCAUUGUGACAAUUUAGGGGUGGUUUGGGUAAUCAAUUCCCUUAAGGCAAAAUGUAAUCCCGGUGAUCAAUCUAAUGAGACGUCUGGUUUUUAUUUGUUUGGUGAAUAAUAUAUAGGUAAAAGCAAAGCAUGUAAAGGGAAAAAGUAAUUGUAUAGCUAAUGCAUUGUCCCGUUUUGACUUCAAGUCUUUCAGAUCACUUGCACCUCUAGCGGACGAAGUUGGAACGAGGUUGCUAGAACACAUCUGGGAGCUAACUUCACCCAGAUAAGCCAAUUACUGGGUUUAUCGUUAUCUACAACCACUUGGGGGGCAUACCUGAAGGCUUGGGAAGAAUGGCAGCAGUGUAUGCUUAAAGGACCACUAUAGGCACCCAGACCACUUCAGCUCAAUGAAGUGGUCUGGAUGCCAGGUCCAUCUAGGGUUAACCCUGCAGCUGUAAACAUAACAGUUUCAGAGAAACUGCUAUGUUUACAUAAGGGUUAAUCCAUCCUCUAGUGGCUGUCUCAUUGACAGCCGCUAGAGGCGCUUCCGCGCUUCUCACUGUGAUUUUCACAGUGAGAAGAUGCCAGCAUCCAUAGGAAAGCUUUGAGAAAUGCUUUCCUAUGGACUGACUGAAUGCGCGUGCGGCUCUUGCCUCUCAUGCGCAUUCAGCAGAUGACGUUGGAAGAGGGAUGAGAGUCCCCAACGCCGAAGGAGCCCGGCGCUGGAGAAAGGUAAGAAUGUAACCCCUUCCUCCCCCUUCAGCCCGGCGGGAGGGGGUCCCAGAGGGUGAGGGGGACCCAAAGACCUUAGAGAGCCAGGAAAAUGAGUUUGUUUUCCUGGCACUAUAGUGGUCCUUUAAUUUAAAUAGGGACGCCACUGAUCCCACUAUACAGGAUGCAAUUCAAUAUAUGAUUACAAAAGUUCGGGCCGGCGUAUCCAAGUUUUCUUUUAAAAGAGCCCUUUUAGGCAUUUCCUUUUUCCUUAAAGUAUUAGGAAAGAAGUCUGUGUUUAAGGAAUUCAUUAUUCAACAAAUGUUAAAGCGGGCUUGGAUAAAGAAAGCGCCAGUCCAUGAUAACAGGUCCCCUGUCUCCUUUCAGCUUUUGGGUGAUUUGGUAAAAUAUUUGAGCUCCGUUUGUAAAGAUGCAUUUGAGACCCAAUAAUAAAGCCAUGGAGAAAUUUAUGCCAUCAGUUGGUGGUUUUUCUUUUCGCCACAUUGACAUUGAAGGGCUGUGCAAAGGCUUGUUUAUAUGGGAUGGUAUUCAAUUAUCUGAUGUUGGGUUGGAUAUUUUUAAUAAAGAUAUGCAGUGCAUGAUCGAUAAGGCCGUGGUCUGGUGGGGUGGGCUGCAGCAUUAGUUGCAUGCUGCAGUGUGUGGGGUUAAGGUCUCCUGCCUAAUUUAAAGGGGGGUUGGGGUGGACUAGCUGAGUUUCGUUAUCAUUUGGUUUAAGUUUUGGCUAAUAGGGUGGAACUCUGGUGAGUUAUGUGUUAAAUAUCUAGGGGUUUAAAGACUGGAGAUGUUUGAUUAAUUCUCUGGGGGUUUAAAAACCAGAGAUGUUUGGUUAUAAAGUUAAUAAGUGAUGUUUGUAUUAUUUGUAAACUAAAACACCACAGCCUUUUCAGCACACUUCUGAGUCUGUGUUUUAUUUAUUGUGUUUCUGUGCCUUGUUAUGCUAUGUAUUACUUGUUGUUAUUAUGUGUCAGUCUGAAUUAACCCCUGUUGAGCACAUGCUUGAAGUUAAGAGUUAACUUUUUAGUAAGGACUUGAGACAUUGCCAUGAGACACCAAUCCUCUAUUCUUGCUUCAUAGUGUAUCAUGCUUUAAAUGCUGCAAAGGUAGUCAGCGACAAUCAGUAUACAAAGUCACAUAUCAAAGGCAUCGAUAAAGAAACUCUCUCAGUGCUGUAAUCUGUAGAGAGCACCUUGCACACAUCUAAGUGUGUCUCACAGGAAAGCAUUGAAUUCAGUUGGUUGUUAUAGAGGAAGCUGAGGCUGUCUAGGAGACAGCCACUAGAGAUGUAUCUAACCCUGCCAUAUAGAUUGCAGCCUCAACAAAACUGCAAUAUUUUGCAAUGCAGGGUUAAAAGUACAGGGUUACUGAGAUAAAUUGAUGUGGGUGACUUUAGUGGUCCUUUAUUGUAUGAACAGCCAAGCUCAAUGUUUUGUUUAUUUGCAAGUAAAAAAAUAUAUUAAGAAUUGUGAUUUCUCUCCUCCCCACCCCCUCCCCCCCAUUGAUUUAUUUUCAUAUAACUGCGUGCAGGAAAUAUAUUCUCCUUUAGUUAUGUAUGAGCUGUGCAACACAUACAAUAUAUUAAUAUUAAAUGGCUCACUUGGUUUGUGGUUUGUAGAAACAUCACAAAAACAUAUAUAAAGGAAUAGUGAAUCAACAUUUAUUUAAAUAAACCAUACUACGUGCACUCAAAGCAGCACUUAAUAUACAUGAGCCAUUUAAAGGACCACUAAUGGCACCCAGACCACUUCAGCUUAAUGAAGUGGUCUGGGUGCCAGGUACAUCUAGGAUUAACCCUUUUUUUUUAUAAACAUAGCAGUUUAGAAACUGCUAUGUUUAUAUUAGGGUUAAUCCAGCCUCUAGUGGCUGUCUCAUUGACAGCCGCUAGAGGCGCUUGCGUGCUUCUCACUGUGAAAAUCACAGUGAGAAGACGCCAUUGUCCAUAGGAAAGCAUUGUAAAUGAUGACGUCGCUGUGGAGGAGGAGAGCUCCCUGCCUGGCGCUGGAGAAAGGUAAGAUUUUAACCUCUUCCUCUCCCCAGAGCCCAGUGGGAGGGGGACCCUAAGGGUGGGGGCACCCUCAGGGCACUAUAGUUCCAGGAAAACGAGUAUGUUUUCCUGGCACUAUAGUGGUCCUUUAAGGCUCAUUUGCGGUUAUGUACAGGUAUGGUAUACAGUAGUUCUAAAAGUGGACAUCACUAUGGAAUCCAUGAACGCUCACUUUUAGAACUUUACCCUAGAAGUAUUUUUUUUUUUUAGUUGACGCCUAGAUUCCUACUCAGUAAACAUUUAUACUAUAACAUUAUGCAAUAGUUUUCUUUAUUAUUAUAAAAAAAAACAUUUCACGUGGGGUCCUUACUUCUUUCUCAUGUAGCUGUAUAGAACUUAUAGUACUGAAAUACGCUGGGGUCCGUCACUCCGGUAGGUGGCGCUCAAGUCACCUCUUCGCCUUUCUGUUGGUCUCUUUCGUUCUUCUAAUCAAGUCGCGAAGUAGUGGCAUUUUGGCGACAGCUGCACUGGGACGCCGUGGACCAUGGCUACUGAGGGCAAGGUGAGCGCAGGCUGGCAGAGCUCUAUUACACAGUAUGUCAGAGGGUGAGGGUGGCAGUCAUGGUGCAUGGAGCCAGCUCUGUACAUACACUGUGUCUGCUAUCCUGCUUACUGAGCAGCAGGGACGUGAACUUGACACUGAGGAUUGGGGGAGGCUGUAUAACAUAUCUACCAGGUUUAGAAAACACAGUUCCUGUGUAUUUUAUUUUUUUAAUUAGGAUUAGUGUUAGAGUUCAGUUAGAGUUUGACACUCUGGAUAUAGGAUAGUGAAAGGCUAAGGUAAUAUUUUAUUUUAUAGAACUUUAGUAAUGCUUGCUGUAAUAACACAAUGUGAUUGAUAUAUAAAAAAAAUGUCUGGGUGAAGAAAGUGGUGUAAUUAUAACAAGGUGCAGUUAUGUAUUAACAGAGACAUGUAAACGGAAUUAGAAUAGUUUAAAAUAGCAUGGUGUGCUUUUCAUAGACCAGUGGUCUGCAGAAAUUCAAUUUCUAAGGAAUUAAGGCUAGUAUUGCUUUGAUAAAUGCUGACCAGUAAAAUCUGGGCACUGAGUAUAUAUGCUGUCUUUUUUUUUUUUUUGCAAAUGAUUGUUUAUGUUUCUCUGUUAUGUAGGUCAUCAAAUGUAAAGCAGCCAUAGCCUGGGAGGCUGGGAAACCCCUUUCCAUUGAAGAAGUGGAAGUUGCACCACCAAAGGCCCAUGAAGUCCGCAUCAAGGUAAUUUGAUGCAUUGUACCAUGUUACAGUAAGGAAGUACAUGUGUUCGAUGGGUAUUAAGAAAAGAAAAAUGCAUAUGUUAGCUGUGUUUAAUAGAGAAUAAAAUGGUCCCUUGCAAUAAUUUUUAAUUUUUUUUUUUUUUUUCCUUCCUUGAGCAUUUGAUUAGGUAAAGCCAAAUUUGUUGGCUGAUUAAUUUAAGAGGUACCUCAGACUAAUAAGUGUUUUUAAAUGUAUUUCCAUUAACAUUGCAGUUGUGUGUUAACUUUUUCUUUAACCCCUUAAGGACCAAACUUCUGGAAUAAAAGGGAAUCAUGACAUGUCACACAUGUCAUGUGUCCUUAAGGGGUUAAGGAAUCACAUUCUUGAAGUUUUAACAUUUGUAAAUAGCUAAAUUCUUCGUAAAAUUAAAAUUUAAAAAAAACUUUACUUGCGCACUUUCCCAAAUCCUUAGGCACAUUUAAAUAACUGGAGGUUAUGAAAUAACUGGAGUUUAAAGUUGUACACCGAAGUCUUAAAUAAUUGGCAAGAUGAUUACAGCAAUGUACUACAUAAAGAAUUUAUUCGCUAUAAUUUGAACAGAUCUUUGAUAUAUAAAAAAAAAAUGGUUCAUUCAGACAUAGAUGUUGCCUAUGGAAGAAAUUUUGUUUUCCUUCUUUUAAAUUAUUUAUCAUAACAAAAUACAUGACUGGAUGCACAUAACAACAGAUCAUGUUAACUUUUACAGAUAGUGUCUACGGCUGUAUGCCAUACCGAUGCCUAUACUCUCAGUGGAGCUGACCCAGAAGGCAGUUUUCCCGUGAUAUUGGGGCAUGAAGGAGCUGGAAUAGUGGAAAGUGUAGGAGAAGGUGUUACUAGAGUUAAAGCAGGUAAAAUGUGUUUCAUUGUACGUAUUUGGGGCUGGAUUCUAACGAACACUCAAGGCAUCAUAACUACUUAAUUUCUUUGAAGUGGUCAUGAGGACAAGAUUGCCCUGGCACCACCUCACAGUUGACUGUUAAGCUGUUUACUAGUGGUUUAAUGUUACACUAAGGUCCCUGGCCUCUUCUGCUCAGGCUCCCUUUUCAUUGUUAAUCCAAGUGCAGCCGUGGGGCAGUGGUAAGCUGAGAGCAUCACACGAUGAAGAUGUCAUUUGGGUACUUCAGCCAGUAUAACUACUUCAAAGAGAUGCUCAGAGUGUUACAUGCAGAAGGAGUGAGCAUUCUAGACCCUAAAUCACAUGUUGCACGCACCAACCUUAGCUCAAAUACACAGAGGUAAAUUUAUAACUGGAAGAAAGAUAUGAGUACGUGCUUGUUGUUGCACGUUUGCAUUGUAUAACACCAAAUAGCAAUUUUUAUGAGUCAUAUAAAAUCCAUUCUGCCGCUUUAGAUAUCCUAGUGUCUAAAUGAGGUAGAACAGUUAUUGGCUGUCAGCUUCAUAUGUCACAACUUUUUGGUUUUAGAAUUAUAAAAUAUUUACAGUAUUUAAGUCAUGCUUUUAAAAUUACCCUUUUUAAAUGUAUUAUGGAGGUAAACAAAUCACAAGUGAAUAUCCUUUUGUGGUGCAUUUUUCCUCAGAUUUGUAUAUUUUUCAGUGGCUUAUAAAAAAAAAAAAAGAGAGAUGUACUUAUUUAUUCUAAGCAAGGGAAUCUCUAUGCUGCUUUUACCUUGGCCUCAGGCUCUGCUAAUCCUUGUUUAGUGUGGAGGAAGAGUUUGCGUGACUACUUCUACACGGUACGAGUGAUGUUUACUUCAUCACAGCAUUACAAAUUAAAGUGCAACCUGCAAAUAUGACUUUUUUAGUAUUUUGUCUUUCCUUUCCUUCUUUUGUGACCACUAUAGGAACAAAAAAAAAUUUCCCCAGAUGUAGAACUUCUAUUAACUUGAAAGUGUUGCUUCAUGCAUGUUUUUCAUGAGUGAAAUUCUUACAGUUCUGUUAUGGAAAUGUCUAGUGUGAUAUAUAUGUCGUGUGUGUGUGUGUCUAUAUGAGUCUGCUGUUUUUUUUUUGUUUUUUUUGUUGUUUUUUUUCUUCAAAUAGUUUUUAGUAGGUAUUUAAUAUUAUAAUAAAAAAAUACAAUAAUUAAAUUAACAAUCAUAAAAAAUUGGUAAGAGGAAACUUGUGGAAGUAUCAGUCUGAAUAUACAAUAUUUUUGUGCAAUAUUAAUGUCUUUUUAUCGAUGAUAAUAAAAUAAUUAUUAUAUCUAUGUAAAACAAGUUUGUACUAAUAAUUUACAGUUUGAAUAUCUUGAAUUAUUAACAAUUAGAUUUUUAAACCUUGUUUUCCCACUCAAUCCAGAAAUAAUGAAGCUGAUCCCAUAAUAAACAUGACUUUCUAAUAGCCAUCGCAUAUGAUUUUUCUAAUGCUAACUUUAGUUCAUCAACUAUUGAGGGUAUAGCAGGAGAUUUCCAAUAUCUGGGUAACUAGGGUGUGGUGGCUAUAAGAAUAUGUCCUAUGAUUACUCUGUCUACUUUAUUAACAGAUUCUGGAAUUUUUAUGAAGAGCACGAUUUCAAUUCAGUUAUUUUCAUAUUUAAGACUGAAGUAGCCAAACUGGAAAUAUUCUCCAAAUCACCUGUGGUUCUUUUACUUUGUCCUUACAUUUUAAAUACACUUUAAAUUUGCAACAACAGUCACUAUAGUAAAUAACCAUUCUAAUGUUUUUCUGCAGAGAGUUACUUUAUCUGUCACAGCUCAUAACUGCCUCCAAUUGGAAGGGUGAAUGAAUAACCAUUUACAACUCCUACUAUUGAGGUAGCCGUUAAUGUGUCUAGUUGCCACCAGUAUCCCAGACACUGUCUUACUGGACUUGCAGGCUUUGCCAAAUGUGCAGCAGAAUUUUUACAUAGAGGAAGAUUUUACAGGUUCACACCAUUUUAUUGAUUACUUACACUUGUGCCUUAGGGGGAAUCUUGAUGGUACCCAUGGGCUACAAGCUUGGACCUUCCUACCAUGUUAAAUUUGUGUUUGUAGGUUACUUAAACUAGUCAGUGUUUAAACUGAAGCUUCUAGCCUGGCUGCCUUGUACAUAUUCUAUUAUAUAACCCUGAUAUUUUAAAUAAUCUGCACUUUUGUUUCUUUUUUUUUCUAGGCGAUAAAGUUAUUCCUCUGUAUAUUCCACAAUGUGGGGAAUGCAAGUUUUGCUUGAAUCCUAAAACCAAUCUCUGCCAAAAGAUAAGGUAGUAGUUAAGUGCAUGCUAUCUGUGUAUUGUGCAACAUUUUAGUCCCCACAUUGACAGUAAACCUUGCUAUUAAAAGUAAAAAAUAAAAUCAUCAUUAAAAUCUUGAUGAGUAAUAUCUCGAGCUACACCAGUUUUGGAUUAUAAUUCUUGUGCAAAUCCUAGUUCACAGCAGUUUAGAUUUAGCUUAAUGCACAUAGGAAAAAUAGGUUAUCGAUUAUGAGAACUCCAGCUUUCUAUUUACACAAUUCUAAAGAUGUCUCUGUUCUUUAAUAAAUUGAAAGAGCAUGAUUAUAAACUCUUUCGGAGAAACUGCUAGAGGAGCUUCCUGCUGUUUCACGGAGUUUGACUCCGUGAAACGACGCUGGACGUCCUCACGCUGUGCAUGAAGACAUCUGGCGUCUUCAAAUGCCCCAUAGGAAAGCAUUGCACAUUAGUUUACCCCUCGGCCCUGACGUCAGAGGAGACAGAACCAAUGCCGAGAAACCUGAACACUGGAAUAAGGUAAGUGAGAAAAGUGUGUUUUUUUUUUUGUUUUUUUUUAUUAAACCCUUAAACUGCCGCUCCAAGCAAAUCAAUAGCUCCACAUUGAUUUAACUUGUUAACGACCUAUGACAGUUCAGGAUUGUCAUCAGAAACAUCCACUUGAGAACUGAUGAUGGUCCUGAACUGUCAUAAUUACUUACCAGGCCUGGGGGGACAGCCUGACAGCCCAAACAGUCCUCCCUUGGCAAAUUAGGCCCCUGUGGUCACAUGGCCGCAAUAGGUGUCCAAGUAUCUGCCUGCAGGGGGACUGCCUGUUUCUGGAAAAUAAAAAUGUUAAUAAAUAAAAUAAAAAAAUUAUAUAUAUGAGAGAGAGAGAGAUAAGUGUGUGUGUGUGUGUGUAUGUAUGUAUGUAUAUGUAUGUAUGUGUAUAUAUAUAUUAUAAAAUAUAAAUAGUUAAAUACAAAUAAAUUUUUUUAAAAAUUUAAAAAAAUUUUUUAUUUUAUUCUAACUCUAUUCUGAUAUUAAUAAAUAUAUAUAUAAAAAGAAAGGUAUUGAUCCUGAGGAAAGUCCCGUUUGGUGGACUGAAACGUUGAUCGUGAUUUUUUUUUAAUAUGAAUUAAUAAAGACUAGAACUUUUAAAGUCCGUGAGUGCUGCUACCUCUUUUGGAUAUAUAUAUAUAUAUCUCAAUUUGAGGGACCUGCCUGACAACCCAGACAGAAAGUCCAGAGAAUUUAAUUUGCUAGCACUAUAUUUAACCCUGUAACUUUCCAUGACACCCUAAAACCUGUACAUCGGGUGGGUACUGUUUUACUCAGGAGACUUCACUAAACACAAAUAAUGUUUCAAAACUGUAAAACAUAUCACAGCGAUGAUAUUGUCAGUAAAAGAAAAGAUGUUUUGUAUUUUUCACACACAAAUGGCACUUUCACUGAUCUCAUUGUUGUAAUAUGUUUUACUGUUUUGAAACACUAAUAUUUGUGUUCAGAAAAGUCACCUGAGCAUAACAGUACCCUCCAUGUACAGGUUUUAUAGUGUUUUUGAAAUUUUCAAGGUUUAAAUAUAAGGAUUGAUUUUCCAUUUUUUUUUAUUUGCCUUUGAGAGCAUAUCGUAGUCCAGCAGGAAUGAGAACUACCCUCAUGAUGGCAUACCAUUUGAAAAAGAACACAACCCAAGGUAUAGCAAAUAGGGGAAGGUUCAGUCUUUUCUAGUAGCCACUCAGUCACAAACACUGGCCAAAGUUAGCGUUCAUAAUGUUUUUUUUGCAUUUUUAACACGCAAACAAAUAUAAAUGCUAACUUUGUCCAGUGUUUGUGACUAAGUGGCUACUAAAAAAGACUGAACAUAACCCAUAUUGAAUACCCUGGGUUGUCUACUCCCAAAAACAUGUGAGGUGUGAUUCAGAGAUUUAUGACAGAUAACAAUGUUACAAUGUCACUAUUGAUAAAUUUAAAAAAUAUAUAUUUUGAAACACCAAUGUCUGUCUUGUACUUCUAGCCCUAUAACUUGCAAAAAAAAGCAUGUAAGCAGUGGGUGUUUUUAAACUCAGGACAAAAUUUUGAAUAUAUUUAGCAGUAUUUUUUCAUUAGCUUUUGUAGACGAGUAAAAUUCCCCCCAAAAAUUUUUUGGGGGGGUUUUUUUAUUUUAAUUUUUCACCAUAUUUUAUUAUUUUUUAAAACUAAAUUAUAUGGCAUGAUACAAAUAAUGGUAUGUAAAGAAAGCCCUUCCUGUCCUGAAAAAAAAAUAUAUAAUUUGUAUGGGAACAGUAAAUGACAGCGGAAAAUGACAGCUAAACACAAGCACCACAAAAGUGUUAAAACAGCCCUGGUCCUUAAAGGGACACUAUAGUCACCAGUGCAACUACAUGUAUUCCUGACCCUAUAGUGUUAACACGACCAUCUAGCCCCCCUGGGCCCCUCAUGCCUCCAAAGAUAUAGUAAAAAUCUUACUGUAUUCAAGCCAGAAGCUGUAAAUCUGCAUGCUGUUAGACUCAGGAAAACAAGCAGUCUGCUGACAUGUGAUAGCCUGAUCCAAUCACAGUGCUUCCCCAUAGGAUUGGCUGAGACUGACAAGGAGACAGAUCAAAGGAAGAGCCAGUGUGAUUCAAACACAGCCCUGGCCAAUCAGCAUCUCCUCAUGAAUUGAAUCAUUGAAUCUCUAUGAGGAAAGUUCAGUGUCUGCAUGCAGUGGGAGGAGAUACUGAAUCACAAGAUGCUCGUGCACAGCAGAUCUGAGUGGAUGGAGGCAUAUUAUGCCUCCAUCAACUGAGAAGUCCCUCUGGUUCACUCUGAGUGUCUGCAACUGGAGGUGUUCCUAGCUUCCAAUGUAAACACUGUAUUUUAUCAGACAAUACAGUGUUUACAUGAGAAAGGCUGCAGGGAGCUAUAGUUCUCACCUGAACAACCUCACUAAGCUGAGGUUGUUCAGGUGACUAUAGUGUCCCUUUAAUGUACAACAUGGCCAAAACAGUCCAGUUCCUAAGGGGCUUUUAAAACAAAACAAAAAACACUUCCCUUUUUUCUUCUCCUUCAUGAUCAAUGGGGAGCUACUGAUUGGCCUGGAGCAUCAGCUCACUGCGUUAACAAAUCAGUUGCACCCUGCACUUCCUGUAACUGAGAUUAAGAAGCCAGAUGCUGACUGGGGAACCUAGAGAUCAGCGCUGGUGGCAAGAUUUGGGGUUUAACCCCUUAAUGGAAAAGAGUGCAAUUUAGAUGGUUAUUUUUGUGACCGGUUUGUCCCUUUUAAUAGUACUUGUAUUGCCUUCUUUCAAAAUAUGUGCAUGCUCUUCUCUCAGUUACUUUAAAUCAACUGCAUGCCGAAAUGUCCCUUUGGAUCGUCGAAAAACAUUAUCCUUUGGUCCUAUAUUGCAAAAUAUUUAAGCUUUGCAUAAAUCAUAAAUUAACACAGUUGUUUGAUAGCCAUAUAUUUUCUUGACAGAGUCACCCAAGGUCAGGGAUUAAUGCCUGAUGGUACCAGCAGAUUUACCUGCAACGGAAAGCAGAUUCUCCACUUCAUGGGUACCAGCACCUUUUCAGAAUACACUGUUGUUGCUGACAUCUCAGUUGCUAAAAUUGAAGACUCUGCCCCAUUGAACAAAGUCUGCUUGCUUGGCUGUGGUAUCUCAACUGGAUAUGGGGCUGCUAUUAACACUGCUAAGGUACCGUAUUUUCCGGCGUAUAAGACGACCCCCAACUUUUCCAGUUAAAAUAUAGAGUUUGGGAUAUACUCGCCGUAUAAGACUACCCCUCUUCCAAUGCACACCAAAUAAAAAUUAGCCAUGAUGUACAGUGAGCAGACAGAGCUACACAGCAAGACAUUAAAUAAUGAUAAUCUGAAAUAGCAUUUAAAGCCCAGGUAUGUGCCAGGCUGUUUGGGCAUAUAAUCCAUGCCUGCUGGUCUAGCACACAGAAGGCUAAUUGCGAUAUAUUAUUUUUACUCCCCUCCCCCUCCAUUCUUUUUACCCCCCCAUUCCUCCCUACAUUCUUCUCACCUCCCCUUCCCUGUGCAGAGAUUGUUACCUGUUCCCGGCCGGACUGAAAGGAAGUGAGCACUCAGUGCUACGUUUUCUAUGUUCUGUAUCACAUUAGGUUGUAUUUUAUAUUUGGUCAUUACUGACCUUUCAUAGUACAAAAAUGACAUAGUAGCACUAUAUUGAUGUAGCAUUUUAAAAUACAUCAUAUUCUUUGCUACCAAAUAUGGUAAUUUCAGUCUACAUUAAUAAAUCAACACAUUUAGCAAAAUACAUUUUAUACAGCUAUGUUAGUCAUUGGGAUGGAAUGCAAAGAGGCCCAGAAACAAACGUCAGUAGGUAAUCUUUUUCUUUAUACUUUUUAUGGUUAUUCCGGUUUCAUUUUUUACUUAUUUUUAACAUCCCAGUUGCCACCUGUGUAUGAAUUGCGACCAUUUCGCUCACACUAGCUAAGUGAAUAAAUAUGAUAUUUGUGUUUUGUAAUUUUCCUUUUAGUAUUUGUGAGAUUUGAAGAAAAAAAUACAAUAGGUGUCACUUGGAUUGGUAUAAAAGCUUCUAUUGUUUGUUGAAAUAUAACACAAAGAGAAAUUAUGCAAUUUCCCCCCUUCCCUUCAGGUUGAACCUGGCUCCACAUGUGCAGUUUUUGGCUUGGGAGGAGUUGGUCUGGCAGUUAUCAUGGGCUGUAAAGUAGCUGGAGCUACUCGCAUUAUUGGAGUUGAUCUUAAUAAAGAGAAGUUUGGAAAGGCAAUGGAAUUUGGUGCUACUGAAUGCAUCAGUCCUCUAGAUUACAGCAAGCCCAUUCAAGAAGUGCUGGUGGAAAUUACAGAUGGUGGAGUAGACUAUUCUUUUGAGUGCAUCGGAAAUGUUGGAGUUAUGGUAAAUCUACAUCCUACAUUGCUUGAUGCGGACUGUAUUCUGUACGGUAAAACUUUAUUAAAUACAAUAUGUAUAAUAAUAUUAAAGGACCACUAUAGUGCCAGGAAAACAUACUCAUUUUCCUGGCACUAUAGUGCCCUGAGGGUGCCCCCUCCCGUCCGGCUCUGGAAAGGGGUUAAAACGUACCUUUUUCCAGCGCUGGGCGGAGAGCUCUCCUCUCCCGAUACUCCGCCCAUUCGGCUGAAUGCGCACGCGCGGCAAGAGCUGCGCGAGCAUUCAGCCGGUCGCAUAGGAAAGCAUUUACAAUGCUUUCCUAUGGACGCUUGCGUGCUCUCACUGUGAUUUUCACAGUGAGAAUCACGCAAGCGCCUCUAGCGGCUGUCAAUGAGACAGCCGCUAGAGGAAUUGGAGGAAGGAUUAACCCAUUUGUAAACAUAGCAGUUUCUCUGAAACUGCUAUGUUUAUAAAAAAAAUGGGUUAACCCUAGCUGGACCUGGCACCCAGACCACUUCAUUAAGCUGAAGUGGUCUGGGUGCCUAGAGUGGUCCUUUAAGUAAAAAUAAUUCUUCAUAGUAAACUACUAAUAGCUUGUUUGUGUUCUAGAUUCUAGGUUUGAAUUGAAUUUCCCUUUUUUUUUUUUUUUUUUAAACAUAGAAUUCUGACGGCAGAUAAGAAUCAUUCGGCCUGUCCAGUCUGCCCAAUUUUCUAAAUACUUUCAUUAGUCUCUUUUAUCUAGGAUAGCCUUAUGCUUAUCACACGCAAGCUUAAACUCCCUCACUGUGUUAACCUCUACCACUUCAGCUGGAAGGCUAUUCCGUGCAUCCACUACCCUGUCAGUAAAGUAAUACUUCCUGAUAUUAUUUUUAAACCUUUGUCCCUCUAAUUUAAGACUAUGUCCUCUUGCUGUGGUAGUUUUUCUCCUUUUAAAUGUAGUUCCCUCCUUUACUUUGUCGAUUCCCUUUAUAUAUUUAAAUGUUUCUGUCGUAUCCACCAAUCUCAUCAUUCCUCUAAGAUCCUUUAACCUUUCCUGGUACGUUUUACCUGCAAUCCAUGAACCAGUUUUGUAGCCCUUCUCUUCUACAAAGAUAUUUUUUUUAAUUGUUAUUCAUUUUAUCAGAGAGCUGCUUUAGAAGCUUGUCAUAAAGGCUGGGGAACAAGUGUUGUAGUUGGUGUAGCAGCAUCUGGACAGGAAAUCUCAACGCGUCCAUUUCAGCUUGUCACAGGCCGAACUUGGAAAGGAACUGCAUUUGGAGGUGAGACUUAUAUUUGGCAGUGUCGAAAAUUAAAUUAUGUUUUAAACAAAUCUGUUGCAACUUUUAAGGCAUUCGUAAACUAUUUUGGAACCCUCAAACCAAAGGGUGAGUGGGGGGGCUUUUUUCAUGAAUUUUAUUAUUUAUAAAUGUAUAUAUUAUUAUAGGUUUAUCCAUCCAUUGUAUGUUACAUACUGCAUAAUGUAACUAAACACACUGUAAGUAUGCUCAUCCUAUGUUUUAGGAGGAAAGCAACAGAGAUUAGAUUUUUUUGUGUUUUCCUCAAGUAAAUGUACUGAAGCUCGUUUCUUUUUAAAUCUACAUCCAGCAUAAGUCACAUUUUGCCCUGUAAAUCAAGACUAGCUCGAAUGAAGCACUAGAGCAGCGUUUCCCAAUUGGUAUUUUGCCAAAAAUGUUUAAAAUAAAAUGGCUGCGGGUGGCGAGGGAGCAGUGGGCAGUGAUCUCCCUGCUCAGCUUUCUCGCACGAACAGGAGUGAAUCUGGAGCUGGAAUAUGACGUCACUCUGGCAUCACUAAGAGGCGCACGAGGGAGCUGAGCAGGGAGAUGACUGCUCCCUUUCCGCCCACGCACCAGCCGCUCAGCAGCCCCACUGGACCCCAGGGACUGCAUGCUCAGCCCAGCAGCACCACUGGACCCCAGGGAGCGCACACUCAGCCCAGCAGCCCCACUGGACCAAUAGGACAUAGAGACUCCAUGCCAGCACUCCAAAACGUAGGAGGGCUGAGUGGAGAAAAAUAAAAAAACAAUUGUAUGUGUGUCUGUUAGAGCGUUUGUAUGUGUUUGUGUGCCUGUCAGAUAGUAUAUGUGCUUGUCCGUGAGUGUGUAUAUGUAAAAAGGUAGAAAUAAGAUAAAGGAAUCUGCCUAUCAAAGGAAGAAAGUCUCCUUACUGAAAUUACCGUAUAUACUCGAGUAUAAGUCGACCCGAAUAUAAGCCGAGGCCAGUAAUUUUACCACAAAAAACUGGGAAAACUUAUUGACUCGAGUAUAAGCCUAGGGUGGGAGAUGCAGCAGCUACUAGUAAAUUUCUAAAUAAAAUUAGAUCCCAAUAAAAUUACAUUAAUUUAAUAUUUAUUUACAGUGUAUGUAUAUAAUCAAUGCAGUGUGUGUGUGUGUGUGUAUAUAAUGAAUGCAGAGUGUGUGUGUGUGUGUGUGUGAAUGCAGUGUGUAUAUAUAAUAAAUGCAGAGUGUGUGUGUGAAUGCAGUGUGUAUAUAUAAUAAAUGCAGUGUGUGUGUGUUUGUGUGAAUGCAGUCUAUGUGUAUAUAAUGAAUGCAGAGUGUGUGUGUGUUUGUGUGAAUGCAGUCUAUGUGUAUAUAAUGAAUGCAGAGUGUGUGUGUUUGUGUGAAUGCAGUCUAUGUGUAUAUAAUGAAUGCAGAGUGUGUGUGUUUGUGUGAGUGUGUGUGCAUUAUAUACACACACUUUGUGUGUAUAUAUUGCAGAGUGUGUGUAUAUAAUGCAGUUAGUGUGUGUUUGUGUAGUGUGUGUGUGUGUGUAAACUUGGUGGGGGGGGGCAUUUUUAUUAUUAUUUUUUUUUUAAAUUAUUUUAAUAUUGAAUUUUAGGUUUUUUAGUCCCCCCUCCCUGCUUGUUACCUGUCCAGGGAGGGGGCUAUAUCAUUCCCUGGUGGUCCAGUGGAUGGGCUGUUCAGUGUGGGGGCCGUCAGGAAGCGUUUACUUAGCUUUACAGCAGCUCCCCUAUCAGCUCCGUUCACCUCCCCUGUUUAGCUCACAGUGUAAGUCUUGCGGUCUGCGUGGCGCGUUGCCACGGUAACCCAUGGCAACGCUCUGACGGCCACGGGUGUCGCGAGACUUACACUGUGAGCUGAACAGGGGAGGUGAACAGAGCUGACCGGGGAGCUGCUGUAAAGGUAAGUAAACACUUCCUGCCAGCCCCCAACAGGACCACCGGGCUUAUAAUGAGCCCGGCGGUCCUGGUCUGUAUUAUGGCAAUGUAAGUUUAUUGCCUUACAUUGCUUAUACUCGAGUAUAUACGGUACCUUAUAAGUAGAGUCAUUCAAAGGUAAUGGCAAAGCAACAAAAAAUAAUAAACUUUGCUUAAACAAGAUCCUAAAGUUAAAAUAUGAUAAAGUGACAAAAAGGAGAACAGGAGAAAGUGUCUUGUAAUAAUCAACAAGUAUAAAGGGUAUUGAAAAAUCCCUUUAUAAAACCUUAGUGUGCUGCAUGCUCCAAACAAUAUGUAUAGUAUAGCCUGAGGAAAGCAAAACGUCCGAGGUGCUCAAGAUAUCGGUUACACAGCAGGCAGCAUACAGAACAUGUAGCCUGUGUGGGACAGUACGUGAAAAGAUAGUCAAAGAUAGGUAAUAGCCAUUGGGGUUCUAUGAAUAAAACCCCUAAGAUAGAGUAGUGGGAGUAGACGUGCAUCUAGUUGAAUGGAGGCAUAACCCCACAAUAAAACCAAUGGUAGCCAAACCCCACUCCCAAACCAACCGUGCUAAUAACCCUCCGUAGCUAGGAGGCUAUCCAGAUAAAUGGCUAGAGCUAUCCAACCUAAUCACUUCGGCUAUCUGCUGCUUCUGGCAGCUAAAAGAUUAUAUGUAGCUUGCCCUGCUACUUAGUGUGCCAAUGCACUUAUUCUUUUAGUUCACGUUUCUAUUGAGGGGAGAUUAGUUUGUCUAUCCAUUUGUGUUAGCUGCAGCUUUUUAUGUUACACACACACACAGGGUAAGCUACACGAUGUUGAUACACUAUGUCAAAGGGUUCCACGGGAAAAAUUAAUUGGGAACCCCUGCACUAGAGAAAUCAACCUACCACAGUAUUUGUUGUACAAAACCUCAUAUAUUUUCUUUUUUUCCUUUCAGAUUCUUUUUUUACGUGUUGGUUUUCUUUUUGGGGUGGGGGUGUGGGGGUUUCAAACAAUAAAACAAUAAUUGAUUCCUGCAUGUAUAUUUCAGUCAUUUUUUAUAUUUACAUUUCUUUCUGCAAAUUCAGACAUGUAAAUUUUAUCUUAAAUACAAACAUUUUUAUGCUCGUGGAGUCUAGUUUACUAGGAGAAUAUUGAUAAACUGAUGCUUUGUUUGCAUCUUUAUUUUACAUAGCAGUCUCAUGUGCCUAAUUAGCAAAACACAAACAUAUUUACUUUAAAUGUCUUGUUACCUUUACUACUGAAUUAUAUUCCCCUUCUGCAUAUUGAAAUCUAAGAGUAAGCAUUAAUUAGUUUAUAAAAGCACCCAAUUUGCUUUAUUUAUUUGUUAUUAUUGUUUUAAUGAACAGCUAUUAUGUGUGUGUUACUUUUAGAGCACAAUUUUUUUUUAUUUUUUAUUUUUUGUCAUAAACUGUCAUUAUUUUAAGAGUAAUAUUCAGUAAAAUGUAUGUGUGCAUUAGAGCUGCAAUAACUAACUACCGGUAAUUGAUUUAAAGAACUUUUUGUCAAUGAUUCUCAUUAUAGAUUAGUUGGUCUGAUUUACACAUGCAUAGUUAUUGAGGGAGAGAGCGCAAAAGCGCAUGCUCACACUCUUGCAGGUAGACACUCGCUGCUCGAUUUCAGCUCACCCUACUCUCCAUGCUACAUUGUCGUGUUUGCCAGUCUCCUCAACCACCUCUGCUCAGUCCUUGCUGGCCUGUUUGCUAAGCAGCACCUCACCAGAAACACAGGACUCCUACAACAUUUCGACUUGAACAAAGUUUUGACCUUUGGGGACAUGGAGAGAUGGCACUAAGGCUCGCCUUUGGGCUGUGCAAGGCAUGUGGCCUGUCAGCACAUUCUAAUGUGAGGGGAGGGUACUCCUGGGAGCUAUCAAUGUAUAGUGCAUAAGGCAAGCAAGAUGGUGUAUGGGAAUAACUUUAAAUUGGUAAUUAUUGUUUUCUUUUUUAAUAUAGUUCAUAGUGGGAGUGUUUGGUUUUUUUUUUUUGGUUGGUUUUUUUUACCAGUAAGUUAAAAAUGUAAAAGAAAUCAUCUGAUUGUGUGUAUGUAUGUGUGAUAUAGAUACAUAUUGUUUUCGAUAAAUACUAAUUGUAAUCUUACUUUUUUGAGUCUACAAUGACAUCCAAGAAAUUACAUUUUGUGCAAAGAAUGUGUUAAAUGCAUUAUAUUGUAUCAUAUUUGUUAAACUUAUGUAUUACAGGUUGGAAGAGUGUAGAAAGUGUUCCAAAGCUGGUCUCUGAAUACAUGUCCAAAAAAAUUAAAGUUGAUGAGUUUGUUACUCACACUUUAUCCUUCAGUUCCAUUAAUGAAGCCUUUGAGCUGAUGCACGCAGGGAAGAGGUAAGUCAUUUAUUUAAAUACCAAAAAUUCACACUGUAUUCUUUACCAAUAGUUUCUUUAGUAGACAUUUGACUGUGUGUAAUUUAGUCUUACAACGUUAAAUGAUGUUUGCAAGAACUACUUUAUCAAAAUUUAGUUUUUUCCAGUAGAAAAAAGUUGUUUUUUUAAAGCAGAGAAAUAGGGUUAUUUGUGAAAGUGUGAAUUAUCAGCUGUAAUAAGCGGUUUUCAGUUAUGCUAUUUUGGCCUAAAUUUGAAAUUCACUUUGUAUUCCUGGCCAUUCACACUUUAAUAAAUGACAAUGUGACAUUCUUACUUGAAAUAUUUGGCAUGUAAAUGCAUGCAAAAAUUACAUACCGAUCCUAACAUAAAAUGUUAAUGGCCUCCACAGUGUGUUCUUUUUGCUGUGUCUAGCUGGAAGUACCAAAUAAACUGUCUAAUUGAAUAAUAACACAUAUACAUCCCAACAUGCACUUUCCAUUCUUAAUUAGAUGGGUACUAGAGUCCUAAUCGUGGAUAAAAACAGGGAAUCUAACAGGGAUAGAAUGAUUCUUCAGAGGUAUCUUGUCUAAAUGCUGAAAUGCGCAUCAAACCGUUCUUUUGUUAGAUUUCACCUGAUUAAUGUGAUGUAAAGACCCUAGAGAUGAGUCGCUAGUGUGGUUCAAAUUAGAAUCAUGAUUUAGCAGGCAUGAGGAUUUCUUUUUUUAACUGCUGACCUAUUGUGUGACAGGCUCGGGGGAUCACAAGUUUAAGGAGGGCAGUCAGCGUAUCAUCAGGCAUAUAUGAGCCUGUUUAAAAAUCUGUUGUAAUUGGAAUUAGUACUUACGGUCAUUUACUACUGUCUGUCUCUAACUUCUUGCUACUAUUUCCCGAUUACGUUUAGUCAAUACGUUUAGUCAGUAUAGCUCUGAGAAGUAUUUCCAUCUAUUAAAGGUUGGAGAGUACAGAUUGAGAUGUAGAUGUGCUGUCAAUUAGUUAGACCAUGGGUAGUCAACCUGGUCCCUAAUGCCCACUAGUGGGCGUUUUGGGAUUACAGGUGAACAGUGGUGGGUUCUGCAGAAAGGCCGGCAGGGGAGAUCAUCUCCCAUGCAGAGCUAGCCUUGCUGUAAGCCCUUUCGGGCUCAAAGAUCUCCCUCACCGGCCCACUGAAACUUAGUUCCAGCAGAGGGAGGGAAGGUGCUCUUUGUCCCCACCCCCACCCCCCGGUAAAAGGUAAGAAAAACCCAGGGUGAGACAUUAAAUGGACACUAUAGUCACCAGAACAACUACAGCUUCUUGAAUUUGUUCUGGUGAGUAGAAUCAUUACCUUCAGGCCUUUUGCUGUAAACACUGUCUUUUCAGAGAAAAUGCAGUGUUUACAUUACAGCCUAGUGAUAACUCAGAUGGCUGUUCUAGAUCCUUCCUGGGUCAUGGCUGCCUAAAAUGCAUCCAAACAUUCAGUGUCUCCUUCAUCUGCAUGCAGACACUGAACUUUCCUCCUAGAGAUUCAUUGAUUCAAUUCAUCUCUAUGAGUAGAUGCUGAUUGGCCAGAGCUGCGUUUGAAUCAUGCUGGCUCUGCCCCUGAUCUGCCUCCUUGUCAGUCUCAGCCAAUCCUAUGGAGAAGCACUGUGAUUGGAUCAGGCUACCACUUCUGAUGAUGUCAGCAGACUGCUUGUUUUUCUGAGGCAGACAGGGCAGAGCCAGCAGCUUCAGGCUUGAAUACAGAAAGAUUUUUACUAUAUUUAUGGAGGCAUUUGGGGCCCAAGGGGGCUAGAUGGUGGUUUUAACACUAUAGGGUCAGGAAUACAUGUUUGUGUUCCUGACCCUAUAGUGAUCAUUUAAGAUUUUCACAACUCACCCACCUACACACAGCAUAGACCUCAUGAACACCUCACAUAUACACACUAGUCCACACAGAACCCAUCACACACACACACACACACACGCUAAGCUCUCCUGUCUAAAAAUAAAAACAUUGCACUUGCGCUAUAAAAUGAGUUAAGUUGGCACUGGUGGGCGGUAAGGAAACUUUACCAUUAACAAAGAUUCAAAAGUGGGCAGUAGGUAUUAAAAGGUUGACUACCCAUGAGUUAGAUUGUUUAUUUGGUACUGCCAGCUACUUAACUGACACUAUUGGUCGGUUUAACAAUUUAUUUCUGUGUCCUUUGAUCUAUUUGAUUAUCAAUCCAAUCUAAGACUAUAGUUCAUUUGUGUGGCUGUUGCUUUCUCUAUCAUACAAAUAGAUACAUUUGUUCUACUGAACUCACCAUGCAAGUAUAUACAUUUUGAUAUACUGAGCUUAAAUUGUUACUUAGACCAUGUACCUGGUGCUGGCUUUCGCCAGGUUUUUAUGAUUUAUUAUGUGUGCAUUCAACAGUAUGCUAUUGGUAUAUGGUGCUUAGUUUAACCAUACGAUUUUAGAGAGCAUAAUUUAAUUAGCUAUAAUAGGAUAUUUUUCUAUGGCUUGACCAAUUUGAUAGCCAUACUUUUGCAAUACAAAACCAUGCACAUAAAUAUUUUUCUUAUUUUUCUGCAGCAUUCGAAGCGUUUUGAACUAUUAA